CGCAGCAAUGUUAACGUGUUUGCGGAGAUCACGUUCAAGGUAAACACUGCAGAUGUCAGCUCAAUUGGAAAUUCCCUUUAAAUGUCAAGCGACAUAUAGCUCGGUUUCAGAUUUAUCCCGGCCUUAGGAACCUCCAGGCCUGACCAGUGUUUACCGAAAUGCAUUAGUUUAGGAACCCAUGCCUUUUAGUUCUAGCCCAGCACUAGAACAUCUGAUUCAACUAGUGAAUCUAAUCACCAAGCCCUAGCCUUGAUUAGUUGAAUCAGGUGUGUUUGUUCUCGGCUGGAACAAAAAUGGAGGAGUAUUUCUGUCUGUAAUAAAUCCCUUUUGUGGGAAAAAACUCAUUCGGUUUGGCUGGGCCUGGCUCCCCAGUGGGUGGGCCUGACUGCCAAGUGGGUGGGCCUAUCCCCUGCCCAGUCGUGUGAAAUCCAUAGAUUAGGGCCUAAUUUAAUUUAUUUCAAUUGACUGAUUUCCUUAUAUGAACUGUAACUCAGUAAAAUCUUUGAAAUUGUUGCAUGUUGCGUUUAUAUUUUUGUUCAGUAUAGAAUCAGCUGCCGGACAAUUUUUUUCUUGAGCAGAUGGUCGGGGGGCCGGAACAUAAUUACAAAUAAUUUGUAGACUGCAAAUUGACCGCAAGAAGCACAAACAGAUAUAACGUUUGACUAAAACAUAAUCAUUUCAAACCUUGCUUACAUUUGUAUACGAUCACGUGUCUUUCUAUUAUAUGUGGGAAUACUUGAACAGAUUUGGAGCUGAUUUCCUGGUGUUUUUAGUCUUUCAUGUCCAACAAUGUAAAUAAAAAAAUAUUGUUUGUUUGUUUGCUCAGACAACUUGGUGGCCAAAUAAAACCAUUACCUUUUUUUCCUAUCUUUCCCCACUGUCAUCCUCUCGCUCUAUUCAGUAAAAUCUGAAAAAUACGUACAUACUGUAUACAUACAGUGCCUUCGGAAAGAAUUCAGACCCCUUGACUUGUUCCACAUUUUGUUACGUUACAGCCUUAUUCUAAAAUUGAUUAAAUUGUUUUUUCCUUUCAUCAAUCUACACACAAUACCCCAUAAUGACAAAGCAAAAAUAGGUUUAGAUUUUUUUGCAAAUUUAUUACAAAUAAAAAAUGUAAAUAUCACAUUUACAUAAGUAUUCAGACACUUUACUCAGUACUUUGUUGAAGCACCUUUUGCAGCGAUUACAGAAUCGAGUCUUCUUGGGUUUGACGCUACAAGCUUGGCACACCUGUAUUUGGGGAGUUUCUCCCAUUCUCCUCUGCAGAUCCUCUCAAGCUCUGCCAGGUUGGAUGGGGAGUGUUGCUGCACAGCUAUUUUCAGGUCUCUCCAGAGAUGUUCGAUCGGGUUCUGGCUGGGCCACUCAAGGACAUUCAGAGACUUGUCCCAAAGCCAUUCCUGCGUUGUCUUGGCUGUGUGAUUAAGGUCGUUGUCCUGUUGGAAGGUGAACCUUCGCACCAGUCUGAGGUCCUGAGCGCUCUGGAGCAGGUUUUCAUCAAGGAUCUCGCUGUACUUUGCUCCGUUCAUCUUUGCCUCGAUCCUGACUAGUCUCCCAGUCCAUGCCGCUGAAAAACAUCCCCACAGCAUGAUGCUGCCAGUCACAGGUUUAAUAGAGAGACUAUGGGAUACCCAUCACCAUGAAGGUACCACCAACUGCUUUUUCGCUGACUUAUUGUGUGUGUGUGUGUGUGUGUGUGUGUGUGUGUGUGUGUGUGUGUGUGUGUGUGUGUGUGUGUGUGUGUGUGUGUGUACCCAUGUGGAUGGGUAAUGGGUAUGUUUUCCCAAUGCCAUAGAAAGGCUAAUUUCAGUCAAAAUAAACAACUUGUCUUGUAUUGAUUAAAGCCAUUUCCCCCUGCCUGCCCCUGAGCCCUGCUCUAAUGUGCUAUCAUUGGCUUAAUGAGAUGCAGGAAAUGUCGUUGACCUCCAGUAGGGCCUCUGUGAUUAGGGGGCCAACAGUGGCCAGACAGGCUCCCUUACGACCAGGGGUAAAUGGAGUAGGCAUUAAAGGUCCAGCAUGUAGUUUUGGGUACGACUCAAUUCAUUCUGUCUGAUAAGCGGCACAUUAGAUCUUGGAUCCGGCCUACUGCUACACUUCCCCUCCGUAAAUUUGGUUUUUGCUUAUUUUUCCUCUAGCCCCAGCCCAGCUACCCCCCAGCCUCCCUUAGCCCCAGCCCAGCUACCCCCCAGUCUCUCCUAGCCCCAGCCAAGCUACCCCCCAGUCUCUCCUAGCCCCAGCCCAGCUACCCCCCAGUCUCUCCUAGCCCCAGCCCAGCUACCCCCAGCCUCCCUUAGCCCUAGCCUAGUUUUCCCCCAACCUUCCCCAGCCUUAGCAUAACUUCCCCCGGUCUAUCCUAGCCUGAGCCCAGCCCAGAUUCCUCCAGCCUCCCCUAGCCCCAACCCAGCAUCCUGCAACCUCCCUAUACUCCCCAAGUCUCAACCCAGAUCCCCCCACCUUCCCCCAGCCUUCCAUUGCACCAAUUCAGCGUCCCCCAGCCCAGAUUCCGCCAACCAUCCCAUGUUCCCUCAGCCUCCCUUAGCUCCAGCCCAGUGCCAGCUUCCCCCAGACUUCCCAAGGCUUCCCUAGCUCCAGCCCAGUGCCAGAUUCCCCCAGCUCCCCCCAGGCUUCUCUAGCUCCAGCCCAGCACCAGAUUCCCCCAGGCUUCCCUAGUAGAAGGGCUGCUCAGUGGAAUGUGAGGGAGAUGUGUAUCGUUUAAUUGGACAGGGCGACUACUGACCUGGAACUCUGCCAAAACAGAGCUUUUGGCCUAGAUGUGUGUUUACGAACCUGUGACAGAUAAGAAAGAGGGAGAGGGGGAGAAUAAACAGAACGCGUAAAGGGGAAGGGAAUCGUGUGUGUGUGGCUCAGUUGGUAGAGCAUGGCACUUGCAAUGCCAGGAUUGUGGGUUUGAUUCCCACUGCGGUUGUUCCACCCAUACAAAAUGUUUAUAUGAGGCCUGAGUGGAGAUGGACAGAAAAGGCAAGAAUAAAAAAAAAAAGAAGAGGAGGAGGUUGUUUUGAUGCUUGAGAUCUAACAUCAAAUUACAUUUUAGUCAUUUAUCAGACACUCUUAUCCAGAGCGACUUACAGUUACUGAGUGCAUACAUUAUUAUGAUAAUUUUUUUCAUACUGGCCCCCCGUGGGAAUCGAACUCACAAUUUUGGCGUUGCAAACAACAUGCUCUACCAACUGAGCUACAUCCCUGCCGGCCAUUCCCUACCCUACCCUGGGCCAAUUGUGCGCCGCCCCAUGGGUCUCCCGGUCACAGCCGGCUACGACAGAGCCUGGAUUCGAACCAGGAUCUCUAGUGGCACAGCUAGCACUGCGAUGCAGUGCCUUAGACCACUGCGCCACUCGGGAGAUCUUGGAAAUUACCCUAGUGGUCUCUAAUACUGAGGCUUGGACAAAUGGCAUGGGUGUUGCCUCAAAUGUAACCCUAUUCCAUUUUAUAGGGCCCUUAUGGCUCUGGUAAAAAAUGGCGCACUAUGUAGGGAAUAGAGUACCAUUAGGGACGCACCCAUGUGCUGUUUCUCAAAUGACAAAUCAGACCCACUUGACUUGUGCAACUCUCAGUAGUUAGUUAGCACUAAGCAAAGCAGUGCCAGGAAGCCUUUAAAGAAGGGGGGUUUCCAAUCAUUUCUGAGGAGGCAUUUCUGAGAAAACACACUAAAGCCUUUGAGUCAGAGUGACUGUACAAGUGUGUGUGUGUGUGUGUGUGUGUGUGUGUGUGUGUGUGUCAGCCCGGGAGAGGAUGAAGAACAGAUAUCCUUUGUGCGUGUGUGUGUGCGUUUGCAUGUGGGUGUAACGAGUCAAAUGCAGUGUGUGUUUUCUCGGGUAUAUAUUAAGGUUAAAUAAGGUAGGUAGCCGGUACACACACAAAUAUAUACACACACACACACAUAUAUACAUAUACACACACACACAUAUAUAUAUAUAUAUAUAUAUAUAUAUAUAUAUAUAUAUAUAUAUAUAUAUAUAUAUAUAUAUAUAUAUAUAUAUAUAUAUAUAUAUAUAUAUAUAUAUAUACAUAUAUACAUACAUACAUACAGUGGGGAGAACAAGUAUUUGAUACACUGCCGAUUUUGCAGGUUUUCCUACUUACAAAGCAUGUAGAGGUCUGUAAUAUUUAUCAUAGGUACACUUCAACUGUGAGAGACGGAAUCUAAAACAAAAAUCCAGAAAAUCACAUUGUAUGAUUUUUAAGUAAUUAAUUUGCAUUUUAUUGCAUGACAUAAGUAUUUGAUCACCUACCAACCAGUAAGAAUUCCGGCUCUCACAGACCUGUUAGAUUUUCUUUAAUAAGCCCUCCUGUUCUCCACUCAUUACCUGUAUUAACUGCACCUGUUUGAACUCGUUACCUGUAUAAAAGACACCUGUCCACACACUCAAUCAAACAGACUCCAACCUCUCCACAAUGGCCAAGACCAGAGAGCUGUGUAAAGACAUCAGGGAUAAAAUUGUAGACCUGCACAAGGCUGGGAUGGGCUACAGGACAAUAGGCAAGCAGCUUGGUGAGAAGGCAACAACUGUUGGCGCAAUUAUUAGAAAAUAGAAGAAGUUCAAGAUGAUGGUCAAUCAACCUCGGUCUGGGGCUCCAUGCAAAAUCUCACCUCGUGGGGCAUCAAUGAUCAUGAGGAAGGUGAGGGAUCAGUCCAGAACUACACGGCAGGACCUGGUCAAUGACCUGAAGAGAGCUGGGACCACAGUCUCAAAGAAAACCAUUAGUAACACACUACGCCGUCAUGAAUUAAAAUCCUGCAGUGCACGCAAGGUCCCCCUGCUCAAGCCAGCGCAUGUCCAGGCCCGUCUGAAGUUUGCCAAUGACCAUCUGGAUGAUCCAGAGGAGGAAUGGGAGAAGGUCAUGUGGUCUGAUAAGACAAAAAUAUAGCUUUUUGGUCUAAACUCCACUCGCCGUGUUUGGAGGAAGAAGAAGGAUGAGUACAACCCCAAGAACACCAUUCCAACCGUGAAGCAUGGAGGUGGAAACAUCAUUCUUUGGGGAUGCUUUUCUGCAAAGGGGACAGGAUGACUGCACCGUAUUGAGGGGAGGAUGGAUGGGGCUAUAUAUCGCGAGAUCUUGGCCAACAACCUCCUUCCCUCAGUAAGAGCAUUGAAGAUGGGUUGUAGCUGGGUCUUCCAGCAUGACAACGACCUGAAACACACAGCCAGGGCAACUAAGGAGUGGCUCCGUAAGAAGCAUCUCAAGGUCCUGGAGUGGCCUAGCCAGUCUCCAGACCUGAACCCAAUAGAAAAUCUUUGGAGGGAGCUGACAGUCCGUAUUGCCCAGCGACAGCCCCGAAAUCUGGAGAAGGUCUGUAUGGAGGAGUGGGCCAAAAUCCCUGCUGCAGUGUGUGCAAACCUGGUCAAGACCUACAGGAAUAUUAUGAUCUCUGUAAUUGCAAACAAAGGUUUCUGUACCAAAUAUUAAGUUCUGCUUUUCUGAUGUAUCAAAUACUUAUGUCAUGCAUUAAAAUGCAUAUUAAUUACUUAAAAAUAAUACAAUGUGAUUUUCUGGAUUUUUGAUUUUAGAUUCCGUCUCUCACAGUUGAUGUGUGCCUAUGAUAAAAAUUACAGACCUCUACAUGCUUUGUAAGUAGGAAAACCUGAAAAAUCGGCAGUGUAUCAAAUACUUGUUCUCCCCACUGUAUAUGUAUAUAUAUAUAUAUACACACACAAGCUCUUUAUUCUGACUGGCAUUGGGAAAACAUACCCAUUAUCCAUCCACAUGGGUACACACACACACACACACACACAAAAUACACACAGUUCUUACAUUUGAGAAUGGUUGUGUGUCACAGUCAAGGGUGGUGGGAGGUGGCUGAACCCUGGUGGGCAGUGCCUCUCCCUGGGGUGUGUGGGCCAGUUAAUAAUGAACCCUGGUGGUGCUGUGGGAGAGAGAGUUAAUUAUUAUGAUGGUGGGUAGUUGUGUGGGAGCGUUCUUGACUUUGGCUCCUGCCCUGCCAACAGGGGCCCCUGUGGCAUGGCAGCUUAUUUGUUGUUAUUAUCAGUGACCCCUAGAGCUGGGGCUCCUGUGUUAAGCGAGGCCUGAAUUGUCCGCCCUCUCGAAAGCAAUCUCUCUCUUUCUUUCUCUCUCUCUCUUACUCUCUCUCUCUCAUUGUCUCCCGAUGGGUCUCUCUCUCUGUCCCACUUUCUAUCAGUUUAUGUCUCUGUUUUACUCUCUCUCUCUCUUUCGCUCGCUCUUUCCAUCAUGUCUGCCCACAAGAUGGAUAUCUUCACAACAAAUAUACCACUCUACAACUCCAAGGUGCACUUGGGCUGGUGUCAUUCACAUAUGCACAGUAUCAGGAAUCCUGCUUAGAUAUUACAACAUAUAGCUUGAAUUUAAUCAAUUACCUGAUUUAUUUGUCCUUCUGUGUCUGUUUUUAACUAAGUAAGGAUGUCUCUUUCUCUGUCUCUGUUUUUAACUAAGAGGGACGUUUCUUUGUCUCUGUUAUUAACUAAGAGAGGAUGUUUCUUUGCCUCUGUUUUUAACUAAGAGAGGAUGUUUCUUUGUCUCUGCUUUUAACUAAGUGAGGAUUUCUUUAAAAAGCGCAUCAAGUCUCUCUCCUCUCCCUCUGUCCCCCCUCUCUUUCUCUCGCUUUCUCUUUCUCCCAUCUCCCCCUUUCUCUCACCCCCCUCUCUCACUCUCCCCCUCCUCUCUUUCUCUCCCUCCUCUCUCUCUGAUUCAAUCGGGGUGGUUUAUCGAUGUAAUUGGUAUGGAGAAAAGGUGGGUAUGUAACUGAGUGAGGUUGUUUAUUCUCUCUGUCUCCAGGAGAUUGUGUCACUGCCAGGUUCUGACCUUCAUCUGCCUGCUGGUCUCAGCCAUCUGCCUGUCCUCCCAGCACAGCGUAAGUUAGUUCUGUCCUCUUCACCCCCUUCUCCAGCACACCUCAUUAACACUGAUAGACAUGUCCACAGCGCCUGCUGAGCCUGGGUUUCCCAUCGCUAAAGAAGUUUCUUAUUUCUCUCCACAGCCCUGCUGCACAGCCGCGAGAGAGUAACAAUUAUACAUUCUAUGUGUGAACGAGCAGAAUUUGUAAAAUGAAGCACUUAACUGUUCUAUGAGCGUGUGAUUUCAUGUUGUCAAGAUAACACUACUAAAUAACAAAUAAUAACACUUUCGCUAGGAAAGCUCAGACAAGAAUGUUUGGAUUCACCUCAACACCUACUGACUGGAUGCCCACGAUUUUGGGUCAGUUCAUGAAAGUCCACAUUUACAGUACCAGUCAAAAGUUUGGACACAGCUACUCAAUCCAGGGUUUUUCUUUAUUUUUACUAUUUUCUACAUUGUAGAAUAAUAGUGAAGACAUCAAAACUACGAAAUAACACAUAUGGAAUCAUGUAGUAACCAAAAAAGUGUUAAACAAAUCAAAAUAUAUUUUAUAUUUGAGAUUCUUCAUAGUAGCCACACUUUGCCUUGAUGACAGCUUUGCACACUCUUGGCAUUCUCUCAACCAGCUUCAUGAGGUAGUCACCUGGAAUGCAUUUCAAUAAACAGGUCUGCCUUGUUAAAAGGGAAUUUGUGGAAUUUCUUUCCUUCUUAAUGUGUUUGAGCCAAUCAGUUGUGUUGUGACAAAGUAGGGGUGGUAUACAGAAGAUAGCCCUAUUUGGUAAAAGACCAAGCCACAUUAUGGCAAGAACAGCUCAAAUAAGCAAAGAGAAACGACGGUCCAUCUUUACUUUAAGGUCAGUCAAUCCGGACAAUUUCAAGCUCUAUGAUGAAACUGGCACUCAUGAGGACCGCUACAGGAAAGGAAGACCCAGAGUUACCUCUGCUGCAGAGGAUACGUUAAUUAGAGUUACCAGCCUCAGAAAUUGCAGCCCAAAUAAAUGCUUCACAGAGGUCAAGUAACAGACACAUCUCAACAUCAACUGUUCAGAGGAGACCGUGUGAAUCAGGCCUUCAUGGUCGAAUUGCUGCAAAGAAACCACUACUAAAGGACACCAAUAAGAAGAAGAGACUUGCUUGUCCAAUAAACACAAGCAAUGGACAUUAGACCGAUGGAAAUGUGUCCUUUGGUCUGAUGAGUCCAAAUUUGAGAUUUUUGGUUCCAACAGCCGUGUCUUUAUGAGACGCAGAGUAGGUGAACGGAUGAUCUCCGCAUGUGUGGUUCCCACCGUGAAGCAUGGAGGAGGAGGUGUGAUGGUAUGGGGGUGCUUUGCUGGUGAUACUGUUGGUGAUUUUAUUUAGUAUUCAAGGCACACUUAACCAGCAUGGCUACCACAGCAUUCUGCAGCGAUAUGCCAUCCCAUCUGGUUUGCGCUUAGUGGGACUAUCAUUUGUUUUUCAACAGGACAAUGACCCAACACACCUCCAGGCUGUGUAAGGGCUAUUUGACCAAGAAGGAGAGUGAUGGAGUGCUGCAUCAGAUGACCUGGCCUCCACAAUCACCCAACCUCAACCCAAUUGAGAUGGUUUGGGAUGAGUUGGACCGCAGAGUGAAGGAAAAGCAGCCAACAAGUGCUCAGCAUAUGUAGGAACUCCUUCAAAAUGGUUGGAAAAGCAUUCCAGGUGAAGCUGGUUGAGAGAUUGCCAAGAGUGUGCAAAGCUGUCAUCAAGGCGAAGGGUGGCUACUUUGAAGAAUCUAAAAUAUAACACUUUUUUGGCUACUACAUGAUUCCAUAUGUGUUAUUUCAUUGUUUUGAUUUCUUCACUAUUAUUCUAUAAUGUAGAAAAUAGCAAAAAAUAAAUAAAAAACCCUUGAAUGUGUAGGUGUCCAAACUUUUGACUGGUACUGUAUGUUCCAUUAAUGGGACAGUGAUGGGACAUUUCCAAUCAUCCCCCUGAAAUGGCUGAAGUGAAAUGGAAUUGAACCCAUCCUGGCUGGACGCUUUAUAAACUCACAGGCUCCAUUUAGUAACCUGGUCCCAGAUCUGUUUGUGCUGUCUUGCCAACUCCUAUUGGCUUGACAAUGACCAUAGGAGUUGUCAAGACAGCACAAACAGGUCUGAGAACAGGGCCUGAUUAGUGUAAUGCUCUAAUCUGUGCGAAGAAUGUUGAGUACCAAAUGGCACCCUAUUCCCUAUAUAGUGCACUCCUAACCCUAACCCUAUGGGCCCUGGUCAAAAGUAGUGGACUAUAUAAGGAAUAGGGUGCCAUUUGGGACACACCCCAAAUCCCUGUUCUCCAGUGUUUCCCUGAGGAAAAUCCAGGUCAUUUAGAUAAUAUACAAAUCAAAGUUCUCCGACUAGUAUCAGAUGUGAUGAGGGGUCCUGCUGGCAUGGCUAUUGAGGUUUUGAGGUUCUGGAAGAAAGGAGCUGAUUGGAAUGUUUGUGUAGCGUUUAGCGUGUUCCUAUAGGGCUGGUUGUUGCUCUCCAUCUCUCUCCCAUCUGGGCACGCUCUAAUUGCUGCGUUGCCCCUCGCUUCUUCUCCAAGCGGAGCGGCCAUCUUUCAUCACUGUUUGUCUGGUUGUCAGGGAGAGCCUGAGGGGAAGGGGGCUUUCCUGACACACAUGCACACGUACACUCACCCCCCCCCCCCCCCCCCCCCCCCCAUGACUUUCUCGUGAAAUUCCAUCCACUCCUUCCAUUCUGUCCCUCCACAAAUAGUUGGUCAGAGACGUCAAAGCCAAAGGCCUCCCUCUCAAGUGUCCCUCAGAACAUUGACGCACAGACAGAACGGUUUAAAAGGCAGCUCCACUAAAAGUGGCAGCAAAACUGAACUUGAGGUUGGCCCUGGACUCUUCCUUUCACUCUUACUCUUUCUUUCUCUCUCUUGCUCUCUCACACAUACCUCUCUCUCUCUCUUGCUCUCUCACACAUACCUCUCUCUCUCAAACACACACACACUCCCAUUGCCCUCAGGUGGCUGAGACUAGCUGAGGCAGUCAACCAAGCCCAUCCAUGUCUGUUAACCCUCAGCCAAUCAUCAGUGUCAUUCCUCUGAUUGACUGGGCUAUAGUGAAAAGGGGAGGCAUGCUCGAACAAUCGAACUGAGCACUUUACAGGGAUUUGUCCAACUAAGGUAGGCAUGUGCCAAACUCUUCAAGCCAACAAAGGUGAAGUCAUGGGCGGGAUCUGAACCCAGGUCACCCAUGAUAGAAACCAAAGUCUCAAAUCAAAGUUAAUUGGUCGCAUACACAGAUUAGCAGAUUUUAUAGCGGUUGCAACGAAAUGCUUAAAUUACUAGCUCCUAACAAUGCAGUUUAAUGUCAAAAAAGUACACAAAUAAUAAAAAAUAUCAAAUAAAUAAAAAACACAACAGGGAAUCAAUACAUUUCAGAACUAAUCCAAUGAACAACCCAAAAAGCACUGUAACAGUAAUCCAAACGCAAUCUGUACAUAUAUACACCAGAUUAAAUAACAUGAGAUAUACUAAGAAUAAUACCCUGUAAAAAGUAAUUAGUUCUGCUAAGUACAUUUAUGAGCACAUUCCUCUAGCAGUAAGGUAGAGCUACCUGUAAGCAGAACAGGAUGCUGCAUUAGCCUCUGGCAUUAAGAGUGGUGCACAUGGUUUUUAGAAAUAUACUUUUCUUUCUUCAAACUUCCAUGCAAAAUAAAGUCAAAAUUAUAAUGACCCACUAUUAAGUAUUCAUAUCUUACAAAAACGUAAUAAUUCCAGAUCAGAUAAAUCAAGUGUUUUUUUACUCAAAUAUCAAUGUGUCUGACUACUACUUUAUUCUUUAAAUUGAAGAUGUAAAACAUAAUAGAAUCAAGUAAGAACAACUUAAUAAAUGUUAGAUUGAACUUAAAAUAUUAAAUCAACUUUAGAUUAGCAGAACACAGAUAAAUAAAGUUAUUUAUAAAAUAACCUAUUAUUUGUUAACAGUACUCAAAAACAGUAAGCGAUAAGAACAUCUGAUUGACAUCUGAGUUAGUACCACUUAUAUGAUUUGAGUUCUACAGGCAGUUGGAGAUAACCACUACACAAUCGCUUUAAGAGUCAGGCAAUUACUUUUUACGUACAGCAGUAGAUACAGUUGAAGUCGGAAGUUUACAUACAUUUAGGUUGGAGUCAUUAAAACUUGUUUUUCAACCACUCCACACCUUUCUUGUUAACAAACUAUAGUUUUGGCAAGUCGGUUAGGACAUCUACGUUGUGCAUUACACAAGUAAUUUUUCCAACAAUUGUUUACAGACAGAUUAUUUCACUUAUAAUUCACUGUAUCACAAUUCCAGUGGGUCAGAAGUUUACAUACACGAAGUUGACUGUGCCUUUAAACAGCUUGGAAAAUUCCAGAAAAUGAUGGCUUCUGAUAGGCUAAUUGACAUCAUUUGAGUCAAUUGGAGGUGUACCUGUGGAUGUAUUUCAAGGCCUACCUUCAAACUCAGUGCCUCUUUGCUUGACAUCAUGGGAAAAUCAAAAGAAAUCAGCCAAGACCUCAGAAAGAAAAUUGUAGACCUCCACAAGUCUGGUUCAUCAUUGGGAGCAAUUACCAAACGCCUGAAGGUACGACGUCCAUCUGUACAAACAAUAGUACGUAAGUAUAUACACCAUGGGAACACGCAGCCGUCAUACCACUCAGGAAGGAGACGCGUUCUGUCUCCUAGAGAUGAACGUACUUUGGUGCGAAAAAGUGCAAAUCAAUCCCAGAACAACAGCAAAGGACCUUGUGAAGAUGCUGGAGGAAACAGGUACAAAAGUAUCAAUAUCCACAGUAAAACGAGUCCUAUAUCGACAUAAUCUGAAUGGCCGCUCAGCAAGGAAGAAGCCACUGCUCCAAAACCGCCAUAAAAAAGGCAGACUACGGUUUGCAACUGCACAUGGGGACAAAGAUCGUACAUUUUGGAAACAAAAAUAGAACUGUUUGGCCAUAAUGACCAUUGUUAUGUUUGGAGGAAAAAGGGGGUUGCUUGCAAGCCGAAGAACACCAUCCCAACCGUGAAGCACGGGGGUGGCAGCAUCAUGCUGUGGGGGUGCUUUGCUGCAGGAGGGACUGGUGCACUUCACAAAAUAGCUGGCAUCAUGAGGAAGGAAAAUUAUGUGGAUAUAUUGAAGCAACAUCUCAAGACAUCAGUCAGGAAGUUAAAGCUUGGUUGCAAAUGGGUCUUCCAAAUGGACAAUGACCCCAAGCAUACUUCCAAAGUUGUGGCAAAAUGGCUUAAGGACAACAAAGUCAAGGUAUUGGAGUGGCCAUCACAAAGCCCUGACCUCAAUCCUAUAGAAAAUGUGUGGGCAGAACUGAAAAAGCGUGUGCGAGCAAGGAGGCCUACAAACCUGACUCAGUUACACCAGCUCUGUCAGGAGGAAUGGGCCAAAAUUCACCCAACUUAUUGUGUGAAGCUUGUGGAAGGCUGCCCAAAACGUUUGACCCAAGUUAAACAAUUUAAAGGCAAUGCUACCAAAUACUAAUUGAGUGUAUGUAAACCUCUGACCCACUGGGAAUGUGAUGAAAGAAAUAAAAGCUGAAAUAAAUCAUUCUCUCUACUAUUAUUCUGACAUUUCACAUUCUUAAAGUAAAGUGGUGAUCCUAACUGACCUAAGACAGGGAAUUUUUACUAGGAUUAAAUGUCAGGAAUUGUGAAAAACAGAGUUUAAAUGUAUUUGGCUAAGGUGUAUGUAAACUUCCGACUUCAACUGUAUAUUAGAGUGAGCUAUGUCAAGAAUCCAGUAUAUAAAUAAAUAUGAGGUGUGUGUGUGUGUGUGUGUGUGUGUGUGUGUGUGUGUAUAAACAGUGUAACUAAAAUGCAAUGUACAGUAGUAGAAAUAUUAGAAUGAGCUAUGUCGAGAAUACAGAAUUUAAAUACACAGGACAAAACCACAUAGCAAAAUGGAUAGAAUUGCAGGAAAUUAGUGGAAUAUAAAUAAACAGUGCCUUCAGAAAGUAUUCACACCCCUUUACUUUUUCCACAUUUUGUUGUGUUACAGCCUGAAUUUAAAAGGGAUUACAUUUAGAUUUUGUGUCACUGAUCUACACACCAUACCCCAUAUUGUCAAAGUGGAAUUAUGUUUUUAGAAAUGUUUACAAAUUAAUAAAAACGUUGCUGAAAUGUCUUGCGUCAAUAAGUAUUCAAACCCUUUGUUAUGGCAAUCCUAAAUAAGUUCAGAAGUAAAAAUGUGCUUAACAAGACAGAUAGUAAGUUGCAUGGACUAACUGUAUGCAAUACUAGUGUUUGAAAAAGAAAAGGAGAGCCGCACACUCUAGGAGCUCAGAUGUUAUAAUUUAAUAACCUAAUAACCAACGUUUCGACAGUCCAAACGUUGGUUAUUAGGUUAUUACAUUAUAACAUCUGAGCUCUUAGUGUGCAGCUUUCCUUUUCUUUUUCAAGUGUUCUACUCCGUUAGCCAGCACCUCGCCUAAAUAGGUGUUCUACUCUGUUAGCCAGCACCUCUCCUAAACAGGUGUUCUACUCCGUUAGCCAGCACCUCGCCUAAAUAGGUGUUCUACUCUGUUAGCCAGCACCUCGCCUAAAUAGGUGUUCUACUCCGCUAGCCAGCACCUCUCCUAAACAGGUGUUCUACUCCGUUAGCCAGCACCUCGCCUAAAUAGGUGUUCUACUCUGUUAGCCAGCACCUCGCCUAAAUAGGUGUCCUACUCCGCUAGCCAGCACCUCUCCUAAACAGGUGUUCUACUCCGUUAGCCAGCACCUCGCCUAAAUAGAUGUUCUACUCCGUUAGCCAGCACCUCUCCUAAAUAGGUGUUCUGCUCCGUUAGCCAGCACCUCGCCUAAAUAGGUGUUCUACUCCGUUAGCCAGCACCUCUCCUAAAUAGGUGUGCGUUUCUUUCGCCUCCACAAUAAUAGUGUUUAACAUGAUUUUUGAAUGACUACCUCAUCUCUGUACCCCACACAUACAAUUAUCUGUAACGUCCCUCAGUCGAGCAGUGAAUUUGAAGCACAGAUUCAACGACAAAGACCAAGGAGGUUUUCCAAUGCCUCGCAAAGAAGGGCACCUAUUGGUAGAUGGGUAAAAAUAUAUAUAAUCUGACAUUGACUAUCUCUUUCAGCAUGGUGAAGUUAUUAAUUACACUUUGGAUGGUGUAUCAAUACACCCAGUCACUACAAAGAUACAGGUGUCCUUCCUAACUCAGUGGCCGGAGAGGAAGGAAACCGUUUAGGGAUUUCACCAUGAGGCCAAUGGUGAUUUUAAGCCAGUUACAGAGUUUAAUGGCUGUGAUGGGAGAAAACUGAGGAUUAAUCAACAACAUUGUAGUUACUGCACAAUACUAACAAUUGACAGAGUGAAAAGAAGGAAGUCUGUACAGAAUACAAAUAUUUCAAAACAUGCAUCCUGUUUGCAAUAAGGCACUAAAGUAAUACUGCAAAAAAUGUGGCAAAGAAAUGAACUUUUUGUCCUGAAUACAAAGCAUUAUGUGUUAUGUUUGGGGCAAAUCCAACACAACAUCACUGAGUACCACUAUUCAUAUUUUCAAGCAUGUUGGUGGCUGCAUCAUGUUAUGGGUAUGUUUGUCAUCGGUAAGGACUAGGGAGUUUUUUAGGAUAACAAUUAAAGGAAUAGAGCUAAGCACAGGCAAAAUCCUAGAGGAAAACCUGGUUUAGUCUGCUUUCCAACAGACACUGGGGGACAAAUCCACCUUUCAGCAGAACUAUAACCUAAAACGCAAUGCCAAAUAUACACUGGUGUUACUUAACAAGAUGACAUUGAAUGUUCCUGAGUGGCCUAGUUACAGUUCUGACUUAAAUCGGCUUGAAAAUCUAUGGCAAGACUUGACAAUGGCUAUGUAGCAAUGAUCAACAACCAACUUAACAGAGCUUGAAGAAUUUUAAAAAGAAUAAUGGGCAAAUAUUGUAAAAUCCAGGUUUGCUAAGUUCUUAGAGACUUACCCAGAAAGACUCACAGCCGCAAUCGUUGCCUAAGGUUGAUUCUAACAUGUAUUAACUAAGGGGAUUGAAUACUUAUUUUACAUACAUUUACAUUUUUAGAAAAAUGUUCUUCCACUUUGACAUUACAGAGUUAUUUGUGCAGAUCGUUAACAAAAAAUGGAAAUGAAAUACAUUUGAAUCCCACUUUGUAACACAACAACAUUUUGAAAAAGUCAAGGGUUAUGAAUACUUUCUGAAGGCACUGUAUAUGUAUGUGAAUGAUGUGUAUCGACCAUAUGGACAGUAUGUGAAUAGAAAGUUGUGUGUAUAGCAAUAGUUAAAUAGGAUUAGCCAUGACUAGAAUACAGUAUAUACAUAUUAAUUGGGAAAAACAGCAUAUAAACAUUAUGUGACCGAGUCUAAGGUUCAGGGCAGGGUACUGGGCGGAGGCCGGCUAGUAGUGACUGUUUAACAGUCUGAUGGCCUGGAGAUAGAAGCUGUUUAUCAGUCUCUCGGUCCCAGCUUUGAUGCACCUGUACUGUCUCCGCCUUUAUAGGUGGUAGUGGGGUGAACAGGCUGUGUCUCGGGGAGGCUGAGGUCCUUGAUCUUCUUGGCCUUCCUGUGACACCGGGUGCUGUAGAUGUCCCGGAGGGCAGGUAGUGUUCCCCCGAUGAAGCGUUGGGCUGACCACACCACCAUCUGGAGAGCCCUGUGGUUGCGGACGGUGCAAUUGCCGUACCAGGCGGUGAUACAGCCCGACAGGAUGCUCGCAAUGGUGCAUCUGUAGAAGUUCGUGAGGGUCUUAGGUGCUAAGCCGAAUUCCUUCAGCCUCCUCAGGUUGAAGAGGCGCUGUUGCACCUUCUUCACCACCCUGUCUGUGUGAAGGGACCAUUUCAGGUCGCUAGUGAUGUGCACGCAGAGGAACAUGAAGCUUUUUACCCUCUCCACUGCGGCCCCGUCGAUGUGGAUGGGGGUGUGCUCUCUCUGCUGUUUCCUGUAGUAAACGAUCAGCUCCUUCGUUUUGUUGAUGUUGAGGGAGAGGUUAUUUUCCUGGCACCACUCUGCCAGCGCUCUCACCUCCUCGUCAUUGUUGGGAAUCAGGCCUACCAGUUUUGUGUUGUCAGCAAACUUGAUAAUUGAGUUGGAGACGUGCCUGGCCACACAGUCAUGGGUGAACAGGGAGUACACCGUUAUAGACGUGACAUUGAUUUUGAAGUCUCAGGCAGGGCCACCUUAUCACGAGACCAUGAGCCUGCGGCGUGUCACUACACACAGAACCCAAAGAAAACAGGUGCUGGGCAAAAAUGCACUAUAUAUAAAGAAAGGCCAGCACACUGUAUAAUGCUGCUCCCCUGUGCUUUGUCCAUCCACCAUGUUACACAAACAACAAUUCAACUUUGGGGAAGUCUUUAUUGUCUUACCUAAACUCUUACCUGAGUCUUACCUGAAAUCUUACCUGAGUCCUACCUGAAAUCUUACCUGAGUCAUUCAGAUGCAAAAUUAUACACUUGAAAAACAACAAUCAACCUUGAGAACUACCAUAGAUUCCAAUCAUAGUGUUUAGUCUUUAUUAAGGUGUGAAUAGAAAUGGUAUGAAUGACGUGUUUUGCAUCUGCUUCAUCAGGGCCCGUAUUCUGGAAGCGUCUCAGAGUAGGACUGUUGAUCUAGGAUGUCCUGUCCAUGUAAGAAUAUAAAGGCAAAACUGAUCCUAGAUCAGCACAGUUCUGUUCUUUUUUCUGGGAUUAGUUCAUGCACGUGUUCCUACAGCCACAAAUCCACAAUCUAUUCUAACAGCCAAGUAAACCUAGUGCUGAUUUAGGAUCUGUCUUCCCUUUUGCAUCACAAUGAAUAAGAUUACAUAGACGGGGGACCUGAUCCUAGAUCAGCACAACAACCCUGAGAUGUCUAUCCAUUCUGGCAGCCAAGUCAACCUGAUUACCUAUAAGCCACUCUGAGGGCGUUCAAUUCAGUGGUCUUGUGGUUAGACUGUCCGCCUUGAGAUUGGAAGGUUGUGGGUUUGAUCCCCGGUCGAGUCGUACCAAAGAUUCUAAAAACGGGGCCUCUCUGCUUGGCAGUAGGGAGUUAGUUUGGGGGUAAGGCCAUGCGACAGACUAGCAUAGCAUCCUGUCCUAGGGGUUGUACUUGUACAUCAAGCUGCCUCACACUACAGAAAAAGGAGAUAGGCUCCUGUCCUAUGGGCCGUUCUGGCUCGGACAAUGAUUACUUAUUUACUCUGUAGAAGUCAAGGGGAUCCCUGAUUUGCUGUACCUUACCUUCAGUCACCUCUCCCGGAAUAGAUAGGGGGAUAAGGGGAUUGGAAAGGUCAAAGGUUGUUUUCAUUAAUCUAGCAUGCCGGGCCUUCCCAUCUCCAACUGUUAUCGAUGCUAAUUUAACUAGAGGUGGCGGUAACCCCAGGUCACCCUGCCAUGGACCAUAUGUGACCUACCACCUUGAGUCGGUCUUAUCUAGCAACAUUUGAAAUGGUGUCUUUUUACAUUGGAUAAAAGCAGAGACACAGAGCUACAAAAUGGUAUAUCAUACACUGCAUUUGAGGAACAAUGGUAAAGUAAUGCUGCUUUGAAAGUUGAUAAACUUGUAACCUCACUUUUGAGAAAAUGGCCUUUGAAUGUUUUGGUACCUACUGGAGAGCUCUUCUUUGUCUACACCCAUUCACCAUCGCUCACACCCUCUUAAGCUUUAGCCCCACCCAUCUCUUUAAGCGUUGAUCCGAGCGUUCUGUACUAGCAACAGCAGUCAAGCACCCAAGCUAACUGGCUAACUUGCUAGCUGCUUCCAGACACAAAUGAGAGAACAGCUCACUGACCGUUACUCACCCUAGCAGAGCUGGUUAGGCUGUUUUUAUGUUAUCCAGAGCAUUGGUGACUGCAACUGUGCUGCUGGCAACAAUUUAUGCUUUUUUGCCAACGUUUACUGACACCGGCCAUAAGUGUUCGUGAAUUUGUCAGUUAUUCUGCGCUCUGGCACACUCAGACGGGAGUGCUCUGAAAUCGGAGUAGUUAGCCAGAGCAAAUUUACCAGCUACGUCUAUCAACAGUUGUGGCAGUGACAUUCUAUUGAAAUGGUUACUUGCAUAGUGGUGUCUUUUGUUAAGACAUGUAGCUAGCUAGCUAGCUAGGUAAAUAAUGAACCAUAAUCCCAACUCAUGACGUUACUACCCUGCAUGAAUCUGCAGGUAGCUAACCAACCAGGUUCAAUGUUUGCUAGCUAACAUUAGGCUAUAACUAGCAAAGCAAAUGGCUCUGAGAUACGAAUAAUAAGAUCAUACACGUAACAUUAGCUAGCGAGCCAGCCAGCUAACAUUAGCUAGCUAGCUAACAGUACACUUUAACUUGAAAUGAAACCACUUUCUGUCAAAAUUUGAAAUGUGUAAUAUCUGAAAAUGUAGUUAGCUAGACUAUAUUACCCGUAUACAUCAUGGAUGGAUGCGUCUCCCUGUCACAGAUGCCAUGGUUGCCCUUAGUUUGAGAAUGUUUUCUCCAUCUCCUUAGCUAUCAUACUUGAAUUCCACUGAUUUUCAAAACUUGGUCCUCCAGAAAGUGGAGAGCAACACUUAUGCAGUUUUACUACGCAAUACAUUUUUUUAAAGCCACGUUAGACACGAUUACCUACACAUACUGACCAGCUCAAAUAGACAGAAGUGUGCUACAGUGAGGGAAAAAAGUAUUUGAUCCCCUGCUGAUUUUGUACGUUUGCCCACUGACAAAGACAUGAUCAGUCUAUAAUUGUAAUGGUAGGUUAAUUUGAACAGUGAGAGACAGAAUAACAACAACAAAAAAUCCAGAAAAACGCAUGUCAAAAAUGUUAUAAAUUGAUUUGCAUUUGAAUGAGGGAAAUAAGUAUUUGACCCCUCUGCAAAACAUGACUUAGUACUUGGUGGCAAAACCCUUGUUGGCAAUCACAGAGGUCAGACGUUUCUUGUAGUUGGUCACCAGGUUUGCACACAUCUCAGGAGGGAUUUUGUUCCACUCCUCCUUGCAGAUCAUCUCCAAGUCAUUAAGGUUUCGAGGCUGACGUUUGGCAACUCGAACCUUCAGCUCCCUCCACAGAUUUUCUAUGGGUUUUAGGUCUGGAGAUUGGCUAGGCCACUCCAGGACCUUAAUGUGCUUCUUCUUGAGCCACUCCUUUGUUGCCUUGGCCGUGUGUUUUGGGUCAUUGUCAUGCUGGAAUACCCAUUCACGACCCAUUUUCAAUGUCCUGGCUGAGGGAAGGAAGUUCUCACCCAAGAUUUGACGGUACAUGGCCCCGUCCAUCAUCCCUUUGAUGCGGUGAAGUUGUCCUGUCCCCUUAGCAGAAAAACACCCCCAAAGCAUAAUGUUUCCACCUCCAUGGUUGACGGUGGGGAUGGUGUUCUUGGGGUCAUAGGCAGCAUUCCUCCUCCUCCAAACACGGCGAGUUGAGUUGAUGCCAAAUAACUCGAUUUUGGUCUCAUCUGACCACAACACUUUCACCCAGUUCUCCUCUGAAUCAUUCAGAUGUUCAUUGGCAAACUUCAGACGGCCCUGUAUAUGUGCUUUCUUGAGCAGGGGGACCUUGCGGGCGCUGCAGGAUUUCAGUCCUUCACGGCGUAGUGUGUUACCAAUUGUUUUCUUGGUGACUAUGGUCCCAGCUGCCUUGAGAUCAUUGACAAGAUCCUCCUGUGUAGUUCUGGGCUGAUUCCUCACCGUUCUCAUGAUCAUUGCAACUCCACGAGGUGAGAUCUUGCAUGGAGCCCCAGGCCGGGGGGGGUUUACAGUUCUUUUGUGUUUCUUCCAUUUGCGAAUAAUCGCACCAACUGUUGUCACCUUCUCACCAAGCUGCUUGGCGAUGGUCUUGUAGCCCAUUCCAGCCUUGUGUAGGUCUACAAUCCUGUCCCUGACAUCCUUGGAGAGCUCUUUGGUCUUGGACAGGUGUCUUUUAUACAGGGAACAAGAUGAGAUUAGGAGCACUCCCUUUAAGAGUGUGCUCCUAAUCUCAACUCGUUUCCUGUAUAAAAGACACCUGGGAGCCAGAAAUCUUUCUGAUUGAGAGGGGGUCAAAUACUUAUUUCCCUCAUUAAAAUGCAAAUAAAUUUAUAAUAUUUUUGACAUGCGUCUUUAUGGAUGUUUUUGUUGUUAUUCUGUCUCUCACUGUUCAAAUAAACCUACCAUUUAAAAUUAUAGACUGAUCAUUUCUUUGUCAGUGGGCAAACAUACAAAAUCAGCAGGGGAUCAAAUACUUUUUUCCCUCACUGUAUAUUGCAGACCAAUCCGAACUCGUCUCUCGGCAUGUCCAGCCACUCAUUAUCUCAGCCAAUCAUGGCUAGCGGGAAGGUUGCUGUCUUUUUCUGUAGCUUAACCAACUAGGCUCGUAAUCAGUGGUGGAAAAAGUACCCAAUUGUCAUACUUGAGUAAAAGUAAAGAUACCUUAAUAGAAAAUGACUCAAGUGAAAGUCACCCAGUAAAAUACUACUUGAAUAAAAGUCUAAAAGUAUUUGGUUUUAAAUAUACUUAAGUAUCAAAAGUAAAUGUAAUUACUAAAAUGUACUUAAGUAUCAAAGUAAAAGUAUGAAUAAUAACUUAUUAAGCAAACCAGUAGGCACAAUUUUUAGUGUUUCUUAUUUAUUUAUGGAUAACCAGGAGCAUUUAUGUGAUAGAGAUGACGUUUUUAUAUAUAGCACUAAACAACUGGCUUCCCCAAGGUGAUCUUGUUGACAGGUAGCAGGGUGUGAACACACACACACACACACACACUUGAAAUAGAUUUAUGUGAUAGAGAUGAAGUUUUUAUAUAUAGCACUAAACAACUGGCUUCCCCAAUGUGAUCUUGUUGACAGGUAGCAGGGUGUGAACACACACACACACACACACACACACAUACACACACACACACACACACACACACUUGAAAUAGAUUUAUGUGAUAGAGAUGAAGUUUUUAUAUAUAGCACUUAACAACUAGCUUCCCCAAGGUGAUCUUGUUGACAGGUAGCAGGGUGUGAACACACACACACACACACACAUAUACACACACACACACACACACACACACACACACACACACACACACACACACACACACACACACACUUGAAAUAGAUUUAUGUGAUAGAGAUGAAGUUUUUAUAUAUAGCACUAAACAACUGGCUUCCCCAAGGUGAUCUUGUUGACAGGUAGCAGGGUGUGAACACACACACACACACACACACACACACACACAUAUACACACACACACACACACACACUUGAAAUAGAUUUAUGUGAUAGAGAUGAAGUUUUUAUAUAUAGCACUAAACAACUGGCUUCCCCAAGGUGAUCUUGUUGACAGGUAGCAGGGUGUGAACACACACACACACACACACACACACAUACACACACACACACACACACACACACACACACUUGAAAUAGAUUUAUGUGAUAGAGAUGAAGUUUUUAUAUAUAGCACUAAACAACUGGCUUCCCCAAGGUGAUCUUGUUGACAGGUAGCAGGGUGUGAACACACACACACACACACACACACACACUUGAAAUAGAUUUAUGUGAUAGAGAUGAAGUUUUUAUACACUGCUCAAAAAAAUAAAGGGAACACUUAAACAACACAAUGUAACUCCAAGUCAAUCACACUUCUGUGAAAUCAAACUGUCCACUUAGGAAGCAACACUGAUUGACAAUACAUUUCACAUGCUGUUGUGCAAAUGGAAUAGACAACAGGUGGAAAUUAUAGGCAAUUAGCAAGACACCCCCAAUAAAGGACUGGUUUUGCAGUUGGUGACCAAAGACCACUUCUCAGUUCCUAUGCUUCCUGGCUGAUGUUUUGGUCACUUUUGAAUGCUGGCGGUGCUUUCACUCUAGUGGUAGCAUGAGACGGAGUCUACAACCCACACAAGUGGCUCAGGUAGUGCAUCUCAUCCAGGAUGGCACAUCAAUGCGAGCUGUGGCAAGAAGGUUUGCUGUGUCUGUCAGCGUAGUGUCCAGAGCAUGGAGGCGCUACCAGGAGACAGGCCAGUACAUCAGGAGACGUGGAGGAGGCCGUAGGAGGGCAACAACCCAGCAGCAGGACUGCUACCUCCACCUUUGUGCAAGGAGGAGCAGGAGGAGCACUGCCAGAGCCCUGCAAAAUGACCUCCAGCAGGCCACAAAUGUGCAUGUGUCUGCUCAAACGGUCAGAAACAGACUCCAUGAGGGUGGUAUGAGGGCCCGACGUCCACAGGUGGGGGUUGUGCUUACAGCCCAACACUGUGCAGGACGUUUGGCAUUUGAGAAGAACACCAAGAUUGGCAAAUUCGCCACUGGCGCCCUGUGCUCUUCACAGAUGAAAGCAGGUUCACACUGAGCACGUGACAGACGUGACAGAGUCUGGAGAUGCCGUGGAGAACGUUCUGCUGCCUGCAACAUCCUCCAGCAUGACCGGUUUGGCGGUGGGUCAGUCAUGGUGUGGGGUGGCAUUUCUUUGGGGGGCCGCACAGCCCUCCAUGUGCUCGCCAGAGGUAGUCUGACUGCCAUUAGGUACCGAGAUGAGAUCCUCAGACCCUUUGUGAGACCAUAUACUGGUGCGGUUGGCCCUGGGUUCCUCCUAAUGCAAGACAAUGCUAGACCUCAUGUGGCUGGAGUGUAUCAGCGGUUCCUGCAAGAGGAAGGCAUUGAUGCUAUGGACUGGCCCGCCCGUUCCCCAGACCUGAAACCAAUUGAGCACAUCUGGGACAUCAUGUCUCGCUCCAUCCACCAACGCCACGUUGCACCACAGACUGUCCAGGAGUUGGCGGAUGCUUUAGUCCAGGUCUGGGAGGAGAUCCCUCAGGACUCAGGAGACCAUCCGCCACCUCAUCAGGAGCAUGCCCAGGCGUUGUAGGGAGGUCAUACAGGCACGUGGAGGCCACACACACUACUGAGCCUCAUUUUGACUUGUUUUAAGGACAUUACAUCAAAGUUGGAUCAGCCUGUAGUGUGGUUUUCCACUUACAUUUUGAGGGUGACUCCAAAUCCAGACCUCCAUGGGUUGAUACAUUUGAUUUCCAUUGAUAAUGUUUGUGUGAUUUUGUUGUCAGCACAUUCAACUAUGUAAUGAAAAAAGUAUUUAAUAAGAUUAUUUCAUUCAUUCAGAUCUAGGAUGUGUUAUUUUAGUGUUCCCUUAAUUUUUUUGAGCAGUGUAUAUAGCACUAAACAACUGGCUUCCCCAAGGUGAUCUUGUUGACAGGUAGCAGGGUGUGAACACACACACACACACACACACACACAUACACACACACACACACACACACUUGAAAUAGAUUUAUGUGAUAGAGAUGAAGUUUUUAUAUAUAGCACUUAACAACUGGCUUCCCCAAGGUGAUCUUGUUGACAGGUAGCAGGGUGUGAACACACACACACACACUACACUACACUACACACCCCUUUCACACAUUUAUGGUAUUUACCUCACCUAUACCUCGCUUUCACCCCCUCCUCACACACAAACACAUUGAUGCACUCAAACACACACAGUCGCACACACAAUCACACACACACAGACUGAUAUGUUAAAUACUUAUCCAGGCAUUGUAAGAUCUGGCAUGCGUCUGCAGAGUUGUUGGCUUUAUUCUGGCAAUACAUUUACAUGCUCAAUCAUUUGGAAUAAAUGUACUGCUUUAAUUAUAAUAUGUGAGUGGUAAUAAUGUAAACUGAUUUGACUGUUGUCUACGUGUAUUGUUGAAUGACCAAAUCAAUCAGUCAAUCGUUCAAUCCAAAGUGACGUAUCUUCUAAGGAAUCAUAAUUGGGCCCGUAGAGAAUCCAUCGUCCAACCAAUAAGCUAAUGGCCUUGGCUCUUUGGGAUCAAUUCUGUAGUAAAUCAAUGAAUAAUCAGUUGAUGCAGAAUGCUGUUUAUAUAGUAUGUGAACCAUAUAAAUAUAUCAAUAGAUAGAAUCUAGUUUACUUUACGUCAAUACAUUAUGUUGACCUCUGAGUUUACAGUUCUUUUGUGUUUCUUCCAUUUGCGAAUAAUCGCACCAACUGUUGUCACCUUCUCACCAAGCUGCUUGGCGAUGGUCUUGUAGCCCAUUCCAGCCUUGUGUAGGUCUACAAUCCUGUCCCUGACAUCCUUUGAGAGCUCUUUGGUCUUGGACAGGUGUCUUUUAUACAGGGAACAAGCUGAGAUUAGGAGCACUCCCUUUAAGAGUGUGCUCCUAAUCUCAGUUCGUUUCCUGUAUAAAAGACACCUGGGAGCCAGAAAUCUUUCUGAUUGAGAGGGGGUCAAAUACUUAGAGAAUCCAUCGUCCAACCAAUAAGCUAAUGGCCUUGGCUCUUUGGGAUCAAUUCUGUAGUAAAUCAAUGAAUAAUCAGUUGAUGCAGAAUGCUGUUUAUAUAGUAUGUGAACCAUAUAAAUAUAUCAAUAGAUAGAAUCUAGUUUACUUUACGUCAAUACAUUAUGUUGACCUCUGACCUUCUGUGUCUCAGUCUUCCUGGGUGUCUGCGUGGGGUCCGUCGGAGGGUCGUCCAGCGCGUGCCCGACGACAGCUGCACUACAGGAACGAAUGGGCCUCGUGGAACGGCUGGUCUGUGUGCUCGCGCUCAUGUGGGGGAGGAGCCUCGGUGCGUACACGCACCUGCAUCACCAGGUAAGAACCAGGGAUGGACCAAUCACAACAGAGAUCUACUUCAAACAGGUUAAUCCUCAAAAAAUGAAAGUGAAUGACUUUGUAGGCUGCUUUCUCUGUAUUUGCUGUGAUCUGUCUAGUAAUACAACAUGGGAAACAGAAUGACUACCACAAACUUUCCCAUUCAAGUCAGCUUUCUGUAAUGGGAUGACCAGUGGCCUUAUUUAGUGUGCCCUGAAGUGUACAGUCAAAUUGCUGGGGUCUUAAGAACUUUGCCUGUUCUAGUCAUUCUAUUUCUUAUGUAUGAAUCCAAUUCAUUAAAGGUCCAAUGCAGCUGUUUUUAUCUCAAUAUCAAAUAAUUUCUGGGUAAUUGGCAGAGUUUUGAACUCUUUCUUAUUGGUUUAUUAACUAAUUUACCGCCUAGUGAUGUCACCAGGCAGGCCAAAGCUCCAUCCCAUUAAAACAGGCUGAAAUUUCAGGCUGUCUUUUCAAACAGCUCUUACACUAAAAGUGCAUUACCAUAAUUUUCACAAUUUCAAAGUGUUAUUCAAACCUUAUUUUGUGUAAAUAUGUAUAAAACAUAACAUUUUGACCACAAUGGUCCCAGUCAGAUUUACUACUUCUCAUCCAUUCAUAAAGACUGACUCUGUCCGGAACCUUGGGGCCAUGCUCAGAACCAGACAAUACAAAUCUGCAACCCAAGUAUGUUCAACACAUACAUCACACACAUGGACCAGUAUGCUGUGUUUGCACAUGUCUAUCAUAACAUGCCAAGACCUAGUGGUCCAGUACAACAUCCAGAAUAUCAUGCAGCGGAGUGUCAAGCUUGUAGGCACCAAUGGAAACCGUUUCUAAAUGUUUUAAGAAUAUUUAAACCAGAUGUUUCGUUUUGGAUAGGUCCAGGAAGUCCCUUUAUGGUCGUUUUCCUUUCGGGCUAAAUAACCAUCCCUGGACUAUCGUGAAGGCCACUCCCUGACUCCUGCCAUAGGACAAACCGUUGCAUGCAACAUUACAAAACCAACAGAACAUGGAGUUGCUAAAGCAACACAACAGAUGUGGAACCCUGCAUCAGCCUUGUGUGUAUGACAGGAAUUUGUAACCUUUCAAUUUGUCACUUGCUGCUUUUUUGGGGGAGGUUUGUGUAACACAUAGAUUCCACUGUCUUGUUGUAACUGUAACUUGUUAUCAUGUGCUGUCUACUGCAGACCCCCAAUCACGCUUUGCCCCAAGACACAAGGGUUUGAUUCCCGGGUCCGCCCUAAAGUCAAUCACUUUUAACCCUACAUCAUCCCUUUCUUCACUGUCUAAGAAUAACCAAGCCGAAUAAUUUUUUUUAUCUGUUCUCCUUCAAAAAAGUUGUAAUCAGAAUCACAACAACUUUUGAAUGAUGGAUUUAUAUACAGAAUGGUCUUAAUCGAUGCAGACUUUCAUAUUGUUGUCAAACAUUUUGAAACGAUAAGCUGAGUGUGCUUGAGGGCUGAUAACAAAGUUGGUUCAGUGAAUGUGAACUGUGCUGUUACUAUAUUUAACCAAGCAGGUAUACUGUCUGGGCGUGAUCAGUUUCACUGAAAACAUGAACCUGUCACUUCAUUGUACUGUACAGAAGUUGAGCUCCUGAUACUAUAUGAACAGUGCAUAUGCUUCUAUCGGAGUCCCAUAAAUAGAUAGAUAUAACAUAGAGUUUUCAUCUACACCCUCAUGAUAUAUAUUCUUGAAGAUAUACCGUCCAAGAUGUUGGUUUUCUUGGAAAGUUUACGGUGCGGAUCCUGUGGGUGUGGGUGUGUUUAGACAGUGAGUCAGUAUUUUUUUAAAUAUUUUACCAUUAUUUAACUAGGCAAGUCAGUUAAGAACAAAUUCUUAUUUACAAUGAUGGCCUACACCAGCCAAACCCGGACGACGCUGGGCCAAUUGUGCGCCGCCCUAUGGGACUCCCAAUCACGGCCAGUUGUGAUACAGCCUGGAAUCGAACCAGGGGGUCUGUAGUGACGCCUCAAGCACUGAGAUGCAGUGCCUUAGACCGCUGCGCCACUCGGGAGCCCAGUACAGUAUAUUAAUGAACUCUAAACAUAUUAACAUCAGAUGGUGAGGUGUUUUGAGGCAUGCACGUGUGAGUACAUAGCACUGGGUAACCAGGUCUCUCUGUGUCUGUCUGCUGUAGGGGUGUACUGGGGGCUCAGAGGACUUCAGGGAGAUGCAGUGUUCUGCCUACAACGACAGACCGCUGGUGGCUGGAAACAGCUACAGAUGGACCACCUUCCAUGGAGGUCGGUGAGGCAUGACACGUGUGUGUGUGUGUGUGUGUGUGUGUGUGUGUGUGCGUGUGCGUGCUAAAUGUGGCAUGUGUCCAUUUGGAAAUCUGCUUGUCAUUUGGCCACACCUGUAUUAUGAGUUCAGUCCAUACUCUCCACUGACCUGUUUCACUCUUUCCCCUCUACACCCUAUCCCCCACCACUGCUUCCCCACUUCCCCCUUCUCCUACCGUCUUCCCUCUUCUCCUACCUCCUUCCCCAUUCUCCUUCCCCCUUUCCCUCUUAUCCUACCUCCUUCCCCUCUUCCCUCUUCUCCUACCUCCUUCCCUCUCCUCCUACCUCCUACCUCCUUCCCUCUCCUCCUACCUCCUUUCCCCUUCUCCAACCUCCUUUCCCUCUCCUCCUACCUCCUUUCCCCUUCUCCUACCUCCUUUCCCCUUCUCCAACCUCCUUUCCCUCUUCUCCUACCUCCUUCUCCUACCUCCUACCUCCUUCCCCCAUCUCCUACCUAUUCUCCUACCUCCUUCCCCUUCUCCUACCUCCUACCUCCUUCCCCCUUCUCCUACCUCCUUCCCCCCUUCCCCCUUCUUCUAUCUCCUUCUCCUACCUCCUUCCCCCUUCUCCUACCUCCUUCCCCUUCUCCUACCUCCUACCUCCUUUCCCCUUCUCCUACCUCCUUCCCCCCUUCCCCCUUCUCCUACCUCCUUCACCCUUCUCCUACCUCCUUCCCCCUUCUCCUACCUCCUUCUCCUACCUCCUACCUCCUUCCCUCUUCUCCUACCUCAUUCCAUUCCCAUCUGUCCCCCACCUGCUACAAGUUACCUCCUUCCUUCAAUUCUAAUGUAAAGUUUUUUUAAAACCCUGUACUGCUGUGCUAUGGCUAGGAGACAAUAGACUAGAAUGCAAUGUUUCAUAGACACUGCAGCCAGUAACCUGACUAACCCAACUUUCUAGUACCUGUAACUGUACUGUUUAGUCGUAGCUGAGAGGUAAUGUCUGUCAGUGAGGUGGUUGUAUAUACAGUAUCAGUCAAAAGUUUGGACACACCUACUAAUUACAGGGGUUUUUCUUUAUUUUUACAAUUUUUUACAUUGUAGAUUAAUAGUGAAGACAUCAAAACUAUAAAAUAACACAUAUGGAAUCAUGUAGUAACCAAAAAAAGUGUUAAACAAAUCAAAAUAUAUUUUAUAUUUGAGAUUCUUCAAAGUAGCCAACCUUUACCUUGAUGACAGCUUUGCACACUCUUGGCAAUUUGAUUUGUUUAACACUUUUUUGGUUACUACAUGAUUCCAUAUGUGUUAUUUCAUAGUUUUGAUGUCUUCACAAUUAUUCUACAAUGUAGAAAAUAGUAAAAAUAAAGAAAAACCCUGGAAUGAGUAGGUGUGUCCAAACUUUUGACUAGUGCUGUAUGUGUACGUUUAGAUUGUUAUAUAAUACCACCUACUCUAACUUCCCUCCUCUCCUAAGGUUCUAACCCAUGUGAGUUGAGCUGUCUGGCCCUGGGUCACAACUUCUACUACAACUUUGGUCGCGUCCUGGACGGCACUGCCUGCAGUAAAGAGCCUGGAGCUGUGUGUGUCAACGGAAAAUGCUUGGUGAGUGACAAUUUUGUGUGUGUCCCCCCACUAUGCAGAGAGGUGGUUUCACGAUGUGUGUGUGUCAGGCAGUAUGGGAAUCGAAGGCACACAUUCUUUCUCUCACUCUUGCCCUUUCUGUCUCUCUCUCUCUGUCUGUCUGUCUCUCUCUGUCUGUCUCUCUCUCUCUCUGUCUCUCUCUCUCUGUCUCUCUCUCUCUGUCUGUCUCUCUCUCUGUCUCUCUCUCUGUCUCUCUCUCUCUCUCUGUCUCUCUCUGUCUCUCUCUCUGUCUCUCUCUCUGUCUCUCUCUGUCUGGACAGUAUUAGGACUGUGUUUGCCAUUUCCUCUGGUUCACUCAGCAGUAGUGCACUCAUCCUGUGCAUUAGGACCAGAGUGCACUUGUCAGUGGACUUGUCAGAGCACACACACGCCUGCACGCACGAACACACACAAACACAGCCUCUAAAGGAUAGACAGAGCAAAAUAAAUGUCAAGGGCUGACAUUCCUUGUGGCUUUCUUUUAUAACUAAUUGAUGUUUAAUCAAAGCUGGAUUCAUUACGUUUCGAUAAGGGGACACUAAACAUGAAUGGUAUUGCUGCACUACAAAGAAACAGAAUGUUCAAACAGAGCAUUAACAGAACAUUACGCUCAGAAAUGCACUGUGUGUGUGUGUGUGUGUGUGUGUGUGUGUGUGUGUUCUGAGGGUCAAAGCAGAGGCCACCAAACACAUUGUUCUGGCCCUCCUCCAUGGAAUUCUCAACCUAAGUGGUUCCUGCAGGACAGUGACCGAGUGUUCAAGCAGCAGAUAAAGACACACACACAGACAUGUUGUGGCUCUGUGCAAAUGGAACAAUGCAACAAGGGGUUGCAUGAGGGGCCCUUUCAGGGACACACACACACUCACACACCUCAGUAAUAGGGUUCUCCCAUCUCUCACACACACUAGCAGAUGGAGAUGAUUGGAAAUUCAAUUCUCUACCCUGAGGUUGAGGCUUUGGUCAUUAGUACCAAAUCCAAACAUGUGUGUGUCUGUCUCUGUGUGUGUGUGUGAACAUUAGCAUGCUGGUCUUUAUGUCUGCAUGUGUGCUUGUCUGUCUUUGUUGAAGUGUAUGAGUGGAUUUAUGGGGCGUGAGGACAGGAAGCAGAUGCAGAGUCCAGCUGGGCUGGAAGGCAGCGUGACACAGAUUGAGUUCAGACCAACACUACACAAAGCUGCCUGGACUAAAUAUUGUGUGUGUGUACAGUAAAGGGCCCCUCAUGCACUCAGGUAGCUUGUUGCGUUGAUUCAUACCCUGUUGUGUACACAGAUUCACUGUGUGUGUGUGUGUGUGUGUGUGUGUGUGUGUGUGAGGGGUAGAUAAUUAUAUGUUUCCUAGAUUGCUGGUCUCUACUCCAGAACCUCCCACUUGAUUGGUUUUCUCUGCACUGCAGAAGGAAGGUACAGACUAAUCUGUCUAUCUCUGGGGUGUAGCAAGCAAAUGACCCCUUUACACGCACAUAUACACACACACACACAUACACAAAGUCCCACUUGAAUCUUCUCUCUCUCUGCUCUGAGUUUUUAAUAUAAUAAUUAUAAUAAUGAUUUCUAUUUAUAUGGUGCUUUUCACCAGGCUCCAGUGCUUUGUAGGGUUGAUGUUUCUCCUUUCAUUUUCUCUCCAUAUCUCUCCUCUCCGUUCCCUGGUCUCUCCUCUCCUUGUCUCUGCUCUCCACGUCUCUCCUCGGCUCUCUACGUCUCUCCGCUCCACGUCUCUCCUCUCCUCGUCUCUGCUCUCUACGUCUCUGCUCGUCACUGCUCUCCACUUCUCUCCUCUUCUCUCCUUUCCAUGUCUCUCCUCCCCUCCCCUCCCCUCUCCUCAUCUCUCCUCCCCUCCCCUCUCCUCGUCUCUCCUCCCUUCUCGUUUCUCCUCUCCUCAUUUCUCCUCCCCUUCCCUCCCCUCUCCUUAUCUCUCCUUCCCUCCCCUCUCCUCUCCCCUCCUCUUCCUCUCCCUCUCCUCCCCCUCUCCGCUCCCCUCAUCUCUCGCGUCCCCUCCCGCAAUCCCCUGUCCUCCUCUCCCUUCCCCUCUCCUCGUCUCUCCUCCCCUCCCCCCUUCCUUUUCUCUCUCCCCGCCCCUCUUCCUUUCUCUCCUCCCCUCUCCUCAUCUCUCCUCCCCUCCCCUCUCCUUCCCUCUCCUCCCCGCCCCUCUCCUCCAUCUCUUCCUUCCCUCCCCUCCUCCUCAUCUCUCCUUCCCUCCCCUCCUCUCCUCCCCUCCUCUCUCCCUCUCUCCUCCCCUCCCCUCCCCUCUCCUCGUCUCUCCUUCCCUCCUCUCCCCUCAUUUCCCCUCCUCUUCUCUCCUCCAUCACUCCACAGCUUCCCUUGUCACCAGUCCCUCUUUGUGCCUCUGUGGUAUAUCCAAGUAAAUGGUGUGUACAUGCACUUUCACAUGGGUGUGUGUGUUGUGUGAGUGACUGCAUAUAUAUGUGUGUGUGUGUGCACGCAUGCGUGAGUGCGUAUCUGUGUCUGAAUUCUCUGCCGUAGAAGGUGCAUUGGGGCCACUGGUGCCUUUCCGAGCAUCCGGACAGCACUGGCCUCUCUAUAGAAUGGUUAGAGUUAGCUGGUCAUCGUGUGAGACCACUGCUGCCUAACCACAUAUAACCCUUAGAGAGUCUUGCAUCUUGCUCAUCUCAGUAUCUGCGGUGCUGCUUGUGGCAUUUUGCUGAGUCUACCUUUAACAAGUCCAUCACCAGUUAGUGGCGCUGUGUUUUUCAGGUGUUAGCUUUGGGUGCUGUAUUUGGUUUUCAACCUAGAUUAUUUUUGUUGCUUUGUCUGAUGUGUGUCUGGUUUUAUGUUCAUUGUCUCUGUGUUGUCUGUAGGUUGUCUGAACGUUGUCUGUAUGUUGUCUGAACGUUGUCUGUAUGUUGUCUGAACGUUGUCUGUAUAUUGUCUCAACGUUGUCUGUACUUUGCCUGAACUUGUGUUGUGCAGACACCGGGCUGUGACCUGAUCCUGGGCUCGGACCAGCAGGAGGAUGCCUGUAUGGUGUGUGGAGGACAGAACUCAACCUGUCUACACCACAGGAGUGUGUACCAGAAUGCACAGGGAGCAGGUAUAGACACACAUGCAUGCACGCACACAUACACAUACACACACAUACACAUACACAUACACACACACACACAGACACCACACGCCACACAAACACACACACACACACCACACACACACAAACACAACCUCUGAAGCAUAGACAGAGUAAACGAAAUGGGCUGACAUACACUGAAUGUACAAAACAUUAGGAACUUCCUCAUUUUUAGUUGCACCCCCUUUGCCCUCAGAACAGCCUCAAUUUGUCGGGGCAUGGACUCUACAAGGUGUCAAAAGGUUCCACAGGGAUGCUGGCCCAUGUUGACUUCAAUGCUUCCCACAGUUGUGUGAAGUUGGCUGUAUGUCCUUUGGGUAGUGGACCAUUGAUUCACACGGGAAACAGUUGAGCGUGAAAAACCCAGCAGCGGUGCAGUUCUUGACACACUCAAACCGGUACACCUAGUACCAUUCCCUUUUCAAAGGCACUUCAAUCUUUUGUCUUGCCCAUUCACCCGCUGAAUGGCACACAUACACAAUCCAUGUCUCAAUUGUCUCAAGGCUUAAAAAUCCUUCUUUAACCUGUCUCCUCCCCUUCAUCUACACUGAUUUGAAGUGGAUUUAACAAGUGACAUCAAUAAGGGAUCAUAGAAUUCACCUGGUCAGUCUAAGUCAUGGAAGGAGCAGGUGUUUCUAAUGUUUUGUACACUCAGUGUAUAUGUUUAGUCAAAGCUGGAUUCAUUAAGUUUCGAUAAGGGAACGCUAAUUAAUGGUACUUGCUUCACUCAAUGGAAAUAGAAUGUUCAAACAGAGCGUUAACAGAAUAUUUUACGCUAGGCCCAUAAAUGCACUGUGUGUGUGUUCUGAGGGUCAAAGCAGAGGCCACCAAACUCUAUGUUCUGGCCCUCCGCCAUGGAAUUCUCAACCUAAGUGGUUCCUGCAGGACAGUGACCGAGUGUUCAAGCAGCAGUGAAACACGCACGCACGCACACACACACACGUGCACUCUGUCUCUAUCAAAGGCAGACACAAACAUACAGACACAAGAAUACAUCCUCCGCACACAGACACACACACACAGAGCAGCCAACACCUCUGCCGUGUGAUUAAGGCACUGCUCUCCAUUCUGAAACAGAAUCCUCUCUUGAGCUGGCGCCGCGUGUGGGCAUGGUGACUGAGGAGUGACUGUACUGCUUCAUAAUGGUUCAGCUUGAGUGAGGAGAAAACAUGGAGAGAAAGAAGGCUUUGUUUGGGUGCCUGGGUAGCCUAGGAGGGCUUGCCUGGUUUUCUCUCCUCCUGCAGCUGUGUGUCCAAAUGAGGCGUAACAGAUUUGAUGCCGCUGGGCACAAUCAUUGCUUCCCACAGGGUCAAAAGCCAAGGGCCCAGAGAACUCAUCACGGUCAGGCUAUAUCUACAUUUACAUUGUAGUCAUUUAGCAGAUGCUCUUAUCCAGAGCGACUUACAGUAGUGAGUGCAUAAAUUUUUCUUACUUUUUCUAACCCUAUAAGAUCUUCUUAAGGGUAGGCACGUCUGGUGUACAGGCAUUUGUUCCAGCCCAGCACGAAAACACCUGAUUCAAAUAAUCAUCACGGUCAGGCUAUAACUCUCUAACGUUAACCGGAGGUGGAACAGAACAUUUUACAACUCCUCCUCACCCUAAGUCAAGGUUGAUAACACAAACCCUACAGCUGAACUCUACAGGAUAGGCACCUUUGUGGCUAAAAUGUGUGAAGGUCUUUGUUUCAGCCUAGCACUAACACAAAAAUACAUCUAGAUCAGUUUCCUAACUCUACAGCCCUGUACAGAUCUAACAGCCGACCAUAAGGAGAGCCAAAACUAGACCGUUUUAUAAUGUUGUGUUGUAGAACAGCUGACUGACUCCAGCUCUUCACACAACACUAGGCUGUGUUGCUUUGAUGCAGGUUUGCACAAGUUGGAUUUUUCCUACAUUUGCUUUGCAUUUGGCCAUGCAACCACUGGAAUUUGAAUGAAAAGCUAUUUCGUGGCAUUUUUAACAGUACCUACUAACUCGAAAACAACAAGUAUAGCCACACAAUAAUGUUAGCUUGCAGAGAAAACAUGGUUUUGGUUUUUAGAUGUUGCUAGAUGUUUGUUUGAACGAGGAAGUCCUGAACACAGCUGAACUUAGUAAGGGUAGGCCCCUCCGCUGUCUGCAGGCCCAGCACUAACACACGAGAUUCAUUUUAAAAAAUCAAACUCAGGUUCAUAACUAAGUCUAUUGCUGAACCAUAGAGAUAGAUAGAGGGCUCUAGAUGGACAUAACCUGUUUUAGCAUGAACAUUGCCAUUGAGUGCUUGCACCAUUUUAAACUAGUCAAUGAUUAGAGCAUUGUUUUCAAAUUGGGUUGCAUAUGGUUAGUAAAUGGCUUUAAAGCGGCAAUCAGCAGUAGAAACAAUAACAAAGCAUUCUCCCUGCCCCUGGUUUCGGUAAAAAGCUGAGGGAUGGGGCUGGAGAAAUGUAACCACUCUCAAAUUCAUAGACAAAGCUACUGAUGCAAGGACUGACCAUCCAUGAUAUCAACAUUAUAGCUUUAACCAUGUUGUGAGGCCAAAUAGUGUUUGUUUACAUUUUCUUUGUUGGAGUAAAACAAGCUUAUAUUUUGGGUUCCGAUGGGGUACAGCAGUUGAAGUAAGUUCAUGAGGCAUUUAUAAGUUAUAUUCUUCAAGAAUCAAUGGGUACAUAUCAUUAAUUUAUAAAUCCAAAAAUUGAUGUAGCAACCGCUGAUUGCCCCUGUAAGCUAUAUCUCCGCCAUCUAGUGGCCAGAAUAUAUGAAUUGCACACAAUAUUUGGUUCAGGACUCCAGUAUGGUGGCGGUAAAUCACCAAUAUUAGCUUUACGCUUUCUUCAAACACAAAAUAAUAAGAAAAUGGACAACUUUAAAAUAGCACAUUAACUCUGCGCAUAGCUUUUAAUCUCAGAUACCUACAAUUGUCAAAACAAGAGCAACGGGAUCUCAGUCCCAUAGAAAAAAACAGGAUGAAUAGGGUUGCUGCUUGCCUUUCACCCACCAGCAGCAGGGGGACCAUAGAGAUGUUGCCUGCUUUUGGCCCACUAGUGAAAUAUCACUCUCUAAAUGAAUGGUUCAUGCUUUUGGCUCGACGGUGAAAUAUCCCUCUUUGGUUUUAAAUGUUAACCAUUAGUAAACUGUCUGUAAAUCAUUAUAUAAUCCUAAUUUAGUCGUUAUCAUUAAUAUUAGUAAAUGGAUAUGUAUGUAUUAACUAUUUGCUAUGAGAAUAUAUUAUUCAGGAAAGAAAUCCAUAUGUAUUUACUUUAAUAAAGUUUUAGAAGUGUUACACGUAUAAGCAUAUAUAGUAUAUAUUCACAUACAGUGGGGAAAAAAAGUAUUUAGUCAGCCACCAAUUGUGCAUGUUCUCCCACUUCAAAAGAUGAGAGAGGCCUUUAAUUUUCAUCAUAGGUACACGUCAACUAUGACAGACAAAAUGAGAAAAAAAAAUCCAGAAAAUCACAUUGUAGGAUUUUUAAUGAAUUUAUUUUUAAAUUAUGGUGGAAAAUAAGUAUUUGGUCAAUAACUGGAUUUUUGGAUUUUUUUUUCUCAAUGUGUCUGUCAUAGUUGACGUGUACCUAUGAUGAAAAUUACAGGCCUCUCAUCUUUUUAAGUGGGAGAACUUGCACAAUUGGUGGCUGACUAAAUACUUUUUUUCCCCACUGUAUAUAUUGCAUAUAUCACAUGCUGCACCACAUAUGUUGUUUAUAUACAUCAUUAGUGUUACCCAGACUCUAAAUGAAUGGUUUAUGCUUGUCUCCCACUGGUGUAAUAUCUGUCUUAAUGAAUGUCUCUGUACUCUGUUGGCUAUAGCGGGUCCGUUUGGGUACAAUGAAGUGACCAUGAUCCCAGCUGGAGCUACUCACAUCCGCGUCACCGAUAACAGCAGGAACUAUCUGGGUAAGAGAUGGCUCAGCUUGACACACACACACACACACACACACACUGGGAAUGAACUGUCACACAAGGACAGCGUCAAUGUUCUGUAGUAUCACUAACUAUAUACAGUACAUAUACAGACAGCUGGUUUUGACCGAUAAUUUGCUUUGAGAGAUUAUCCUUUUUAUCAUGUUCUGUAUGUCUGCUAUGAGUUUCAACCCACCCACCCAUGGCUAUAGAACUCCACCGCUACCCUGACACAUUAAAUAUCUGGUCAUAAUACUGCUCCCCUCUCAUUCCUGUUAGCUUACUGCCACUUCCUGGCACCAGAGACCGAUACAGCUCUCUGGUUGAUAGCCAGUUGCACUCUGGGUGGGCUCUCCAGUCAACACAACACCCAAGGCUAUCCAUCUAUUCUCACCCACAUUUACAAGACCGAAAUAACGUGACUCCUGAAAUGGAAAAUGCAGGGAUCCUGAAAUGAAACACUCGUAAAGGUUUAAUUUGGCCAUGGGGCAGGGUGGGGGAACUGGGUGCGGGAAGAGGGUGGGAGGAACUGGGGAUCUGGCCUCCUGGCGGGCAGGUGGAAGUACUUGGUUAGUUCUGAUUUGGUUGGAAGAUUUCCACCAAAAAAAUAAACUUCCAAGAGAUGGUUUCCCUAUUUGUUGUCUGUUCCUGCAACCUAUUACUUUGCUGAAUUAAGAAAUCUUUAUGUAAAAUGCAGGGUUGGGGUUUAUUCCAUUUCAAUUUAGUAAAGUGGUCCCGUGGUCCCAUGUGCUCAGUUGGUAGAGCAUGGCACUUGCAACGCCAGGGUUGUGAAAAUGAAAAUGUAUGCACACUACUGUAAGUCACUUUGGAUAAAAGCGUCUGCUAAAUGACUAAAAUGUUAAAUGUAAUUAAGGAAGUAAACACAUUUUCCUCAAUUGCGAUUUCUGUUUACUUCCUGAAUUGACUGAAAAGGAAAUGACCCCAACCCUAGCAUAAUUCAAUCAAACACUGUAUACAUAUUAUCGUCACAAAGCCAAUUUCAGUCUCACUUCACCAAUCAGCAUUGAAAAUCAGAAACAUUCCCAUCUACCUUCAUUCAAUCCCUUCUCUUCCCCCUCCAGCGCUCCAGAACGGGCGUUCCCAGUUUGUCAUUAAUGGAAACUGGAAGAUCAGUGUUCCUGGGGAGUACAGCGUAGCGGGAACCAAGCUCCUGUACAAGCGCUCUGCGGACACCUGGGAAAGCUUUGAGGUCCCUGGACCCACUAUGGAGGACCUACACGUCAUGGUCAGUCUGGUCAAAGUUAUAGGGGAUAGGAGCUGCAAUGCAAUAACUAUACUGAACAAAAAUAUAAACGCAACAUGCAACAAUUUCAUUGAUUUUACUGAGUUACAGUUCAUAUGAGGAAAUCAGUCAAUUGAAAUAAAUUCAUUAGGCCCUAAUCUAUGGAUUUCACAUGACUGGGAAUACAGAUAUGCAUCUGUUGGUCACAGAUACCUUUAAAACAAAUGGGCCUCAUAAUGGGCCUCAGGAUCUCGUUACGGUAUUUUUAUGCAUUCAAAUUGCCAUCGAUAAAAUGCUAUUGUGUUCUGUAGCUUAUGCCUGUCCAAAAACCAUAACCCCACCGCCACCAUGGGGCAGUCAGUUCACAAUGUUGACAUCAGCCAACCGCUCACCCAAACGACGCCAUACACGUGGUCUGCGAUUGUGAGGCCGGUUGGACGUACUGCCAAAUUCUCUAAAACGACGUUGGAUGUGGCUUAUGGUAGAGAAAUAAACAUUAAAUUAUCUGGCAACAGCUCUGGUGGGCAUUCGUGCAGUCAACAUGCCAAUUGCACGCUCCCUCAAAACUUCAGACAUCUGUGGCAUUGUGUUGUGUGACAAAACUGCACAUUUUAGAGUGGCCUUUUAUUGUUCCCAGCACAAGGUGAACCUGUGUAAUGAUCAUGCUUUAAUCAUCUUAUUGAUAUGCCACACCUGUCAGGUUGAUGGAUUAUCUUGGCAAAGGAUAAAUGCUCACUAACAGGGAUGUAAACAAAUUUGUGCACAACAUUUUAGAGAAAAGCUUUUUGUGCGUAUGGAAAAUGUCAGGGAUUUUUUUUUUCAGCUCAUGAAACAUGUGACCAACACUUUACAUGUUGCCUUUACUGUAUAUUUUUGUUCAGCGUAUAUAGAGACGGCAAACUAACCUCACAAAUUAAGGUACGCAAUGAUAGCUUUGUUAGUAUACUUGUUCAACCCCAAUUUAGCAGAACCAUUCAGUCUUCUCUCCUAUAUGUAACUGACGUAUAUUUUCAAAAUGUAUUGUCAUCCAUAUGUUAUAUUUUUGUCAGGAUAUUGUUGGUAUAUUGACAAUUAUAAACUGGGUGGUUCGAGCCCUGAUACUGAUUGGCUGACAGCCGUGGUAUAUCAGACCGUAUACCACGGGUAUGACAAAACAUUUCUUUUUUUACUGCUCUAAUUACGCUGGUAACCAGUUUAUAAUAGCAAUAAGGCACCUGGGGGGUUUGUGGUAUAUGGCCAAUAUACCACAGCUAUGGGCUGUAUCCAGGCACUCUGUGUUGCGUCGUGCAUAAGAACAGCCAUAUACCACAAACCCCCCAGGUGCAUAUUGGCCAUAUACCACACCCAUUUGGCCUUAUUGCUUAAAUAUACCAGGUAUUAUAAAACAAUAUAUUUCAAAAUAUAUUAAAAUAUAUAUCCGUUGUACACUGUGUGGUUAUGUGUCUGCAGGUGUUGGCAACAGACAGGAACCCGGGGAUAGAAUACGAGUAUUGGCUCCCUCCAGACAGCUACGCCCUGUACCAUGGCAGGAGGAGUCAGCUACGCCAGCCUCACCACACUGCUAGCUACAUCCCCUGGGACCAGCCCACCACCACUACUACUACUACUACCACAACCACCACUACUACUACUAGGCCUCUCUCUGUCACCACAAGACCCUACUGGGGUAAGACCGCUGACCAUUGUUAAAGGGGUAGUUCACCCAAAUUAACAUGUUGUUUCCUUACCUUGUAAGAAGUGUAAGGACAAAAUGCAAUCCAGGUUUUGGGUUUGUUUACCUAGCCGCUGUCACCAACCGCUAACUUAGCUAGCUAGCAUUUUCUAAGCAAAAGCCAAAUGGAUGUCAAUGUACUUAAUAUUAACAUGUGUUAAAUUUAAUGUCCAAAAUGUCAAUUUAAUUUGAUGUACGUAGUUACAUGGGUAAGACCUGCCCCUGGUUUCAUUCAUCCUCUGUUUGUGUAACUAAAGUUCAAUACAUGAUAGAUAGAUAUGGAAGAUAGAUGGAUCUAAACAUUAUUGCAAGAGAUAAAAACAAAAUCCGCACAUUACGACAAGCUCUACAACGUAAAAAUCUUUUUGUUUUUAAAUUAAAAAAACUUUUUUAAUAUUUUCAGAUCUGACUGCCUCCGGUACUGCAGAGGUACUGCCAGAUCUCAAAAUAUUCAAAUAGGUUUUUUUACAUUUCAUUUUUUUAAAUGAAUAUUAUUAACAACAACAGAGGUAACACAUUUUGGCCAAGGGAUCCUUGGAAUAAGUUUAGAGGGUGUUAUACAAUACAAUGUAAUCUACCAUUUAUGUUCAUAAUCCUGGGCAACAUGGGACUGGGAGGCUUACAGGGACCCCAGUUUGAAAACCCCUGGCCUACAAAAUGCCUCAGACUGUGCCUUGCUAAUGUGCAGCAAAUGUCUUCCGGAAUGUUUUAUUACAUCCGUUUAUAUAACUGAGGGAAAUGAUUAACUGCAAACUCAAUCAUAGGUUUAUAAUCAGUGUUGUAUUACUAUUAAAUUGGCCCUGGUUGGAAUGUAACCAACAUUCAAUAGAAAUCAUUAUAUUUGUCCUAUAUAACUGCAAAAGUGGACUUUGAUCCAAAACUGAAUACAAUGUGCUGACCUGCUAUACUUUGAUCUGCACUUGGCUGACAAUAACAGAUAAAGCCAAGGAAUGAAGUUUCUGGAGUGGAAUGUCCCUCUCUUAUCUUAGAAGUGUUUAGUGAUAACACUCCUAAUCCCAAAACCCACUGCAUAUUCCAUGCUGAGAUAGUGGUGCUUGGUACAGUACCAUAGUUUUGACUGAUUUCUGUGUAGUGCUCAACAAAGCAAUGAUCUAAGUCUUUAGCAUUCUUUAGAAUUUAGUCAAACAGGUUUGAUCAUUUAGUAAUUACUCAAGUGAUUUGGUGCAGGACAUAAUGGGAGUAGCCUAGCCCCUAGCAUAGUGUUUUCUAACUGACGGGUUGAGAAGUAGCCUAGCCCCUAGCAUAGUGUUUCCCAACUGGCGGGUUGAGAAGUAGCCUAGCCCCUAGCAUAGUGUUUUCUAACUGGCGGGUUGAGAAGUAGCCUAGCCCCUAGCAUAGUGUUUUCUAACUGACGGGUUGAGAAGUAGCCUAGCCCCUAGCAUAGUGUUUCCCAACUGGCGGGUUGAGAAGUAGCCUAGCCCCUAGCAUAGUGUUUUCUAACUGGCGGGUUGAGAAGUAGCCUAGCCCCUAGCAUAGUGUUUUCUAACUGGCGGGUUGAGAAGUAGCCUAGCCCCUAGCAUAGUGUUUUCUAACUGGUGGGUUGAGAAGUAGUCUAGUCCCUAGCAUAAUGUUUCCCAACUGACGGGUUGAGAAGUAGCCUAGUCCCUAGCAUAGUGUUUUCUAACUGACGGGUUGAGACCCAACUGGUGGGUUUAGAUCCACUAAAGGGUCACGCAGUCAGUUCCUCUUGGGUCGUGGCUAAAGACUGGGUUUGGUCCAGAAACAUGGUCUUGUUUACCUUGUGGGUCACAGGGAGCAUUGAAAGCCUUUGGGGGAGUCAAGAUGAACAAAAGCGAUUUGCUUUUUAGCGUUAGCGUUUUGGAGCAGAAAUCAAUGAUCUAAGACAAUGUUUGCUCAUGUCGUAUCCUAGUGAUUUGAUGCUGGACAGAAAGUCAGUCUUUAGUGAUUCUGCCUAAAGAAUGUCUUGGAAAGAUCCUUUGGCCGAAUCCUGAUUCAAGAUACACAUGUGCUUCUCCAUCGUUUGCACAAAUCUGAAAUCUCACAUUAAUGGGUGAUUAAUGCAAAACUUAAAGGGAUAGUUCAGAAAUUGUACAUAUUUAGAUAUUUCUUUCCUCAUCUCAAAAUUAUUUGGGCAUGACAUUUUAAACAUGCUUAACUGGGGAGAUUGAUCUACAUGGUGCUUUGGUUAAAAAUGUAACAUUUUGUUGGCAGUGGCUAGUUUAACAAAACCCAAAUGUGGAUUUCAGUCACUCCUUGUCCAUAGACUGCUUCUAAGGUAAGAAAACAAAUAUCUAAUAAAUAUGUAAAAUCGCUGAACCAUCCCUUAAAGUUACGUUCAAGUUUAUGUCUUGGACCAAGGUCAUUUUCUUGGUCAGGUCAUGACAAACUCCUGGCCCCAACUUUGUCCAAAGGCAUGUUGAUACUCAGUAAUGUAACUUACCUUUUCCCGCACUGUCCCUCAGCUCCUCCAGGUGGCUGGCCCGUCAAGUCCCCUCGCCAUCCAGCUCGCCAACCCCCUCACCAGCCCCAGCCCCACCGCCCACCUGUCCUUCCCCGCCUGGAGAGGGACGAGACCAGGGGGAACCGACUACCCCAACCCCCCCGAGGAGGUUUGCUCCACCUCACCCCAAUCUCUCCCUCACCUCACCUCACCUAAUCAUCAACCCCUAUCUCACCCCCACUCCCCCAAACCCCAACUCUACCCUUACUCAAAUGCUACAAUCCUCUCUGCCUCCCCCCAGUCUCACCCCAGUCCCCCCAAAGGCCUACAACGCGACGCGGACCGAAACGACACCGACGCGCGGCCGCGACCGACCGCAGACGCGGACGCGCGACGCAGCGGCCCGGGAAGCGACCGACGCGCGACGGACGCGCCGGAAGCGAGCACGCGCGACGCGACCGCCCGGGAAGUCGAGCCGACGCGCGACGCGACGCGGCCGGAAGCGUAGCAGAGCGCGACGCGACGCGGCCGGGAAAGCAGCUAGCGCGCGACGACGCGCGGGAAGCGAGCGACGCGCGACGGACGCGGCCCGGGAAGGAGCCGACGCGCGACGGGCCGGGAAGCGAGCCGACGCGCGACGCGACGCGGCCCGGAAGCGAGCCGACGCGCGACGGAGCGGCCGGGAAGCGAGCCGAACGCGCGACGCGACGCGGCCGGGAAGCGAGCGACGCGCGACGCGACGGGCCGGGAAGGACCGAUCGCGCGACGCACGGCCGGAAGCGAGCCGAGCGCGACGCGACGCGGCCCGGGAAGCGAGCCGACGCGCGACGCGAGCGCCGGGAAGCUGAGCCGACGCAGACGCGCACCCGGGAAGCAUCCACCGCACGCGGCCCGGAAGCGAGCCGACGCGCGACGCGACGCGGCCGGAAGCGAGCGCGACGCGCGACGGAACGGCCCGGGAGCAGACACGACGCGCGACGCGACGCGGCCCGGAAGCGAGCCGACGCGCGACGCGACGCGGCCCGGAAGCGAGCCGACGCGCGACGGACGCGGCCCUGGACAGCGAGCCACGCGCGACGCGACGCGGCCCGGGAAGCGAGCCGACGCGCGACGCGACGCGGCCCGGGAAGCGAGCCGACGCGCGACGCGACGCGGCCGGGAAGCGAGCCGACGCGCGACGGACGCGGCCCGGGAAGCGAGCGACGCGCGACGCGACGCGGCCCGGAAGCGAGCCGACGCGCGACGCGACGCGGCCCGGGAAGCGAGCCGACGCGCGACGCGACGCGGCCGGGAAGCGAGUCCGACGCGCGACGCGGCCCGGGAAGCGAGCCGACGCGCGACGCGACGGGCCCGGGAAGCGAGCCGACGCGCGACGCGACGCGGCCCGGGAAGCGAGCCGACGCGCGACGCGAGGGCCCGGGAAGGAGCCGACGCGCGACGCGGCCGGGAAGCGAGCACGGACGCGCGACGCGACGCGGCGCGCCGGGAAGCGAGCCGACGCGCGACGCAGGCCGGGAAGCGAGCCGACGCGCGACCGACGCGGCCGGGAAGCGAGCCGACGCGCGACGCGACGCGGCCCGGGAAGCGAGCCGACGCGCGACGCGACGCGGCCCGGAAGCGAGCCGACGCGGACGCGACGCGGCCCGGGAAGCGAGCCGACGCGCGACGCGACGCGGCCCGAAGCGAGCGACGCGCGACGCGCGACGCGGCCCGUGAAGCGAGCCGAGCGCGACGCGACGCGGCCCGGGAAGCGAGCCGACGCGCGACGCGACGCGGCCGGGAAGCGAGCCGACGCGCGACGCGACGCGGCCGGGAAGCGAGCCGACGCGCGACGCGACGGGCCCGGAAGCGAGCCGACGCGCGACGCGACGCGGCCCGGGAACGAGCCGACGCGCGACGCGACGCGGCACGGGAAGCGAGCCGACGCGCGACGCGACGCGGCCGGGAAGCGAGCCGACGCGCGACGCGAGCCCGGGGAGCGAGCCGACGCGCGAGCGACGAGGCCCGGGGAGCGAGCCGACGCGCGACGCGACGCGGCCCGGGAAGCGAGCCGAGACGCGACGCGACGGGCCCGGGAAGCGAGCCGACGCGCGACGCGACGCGGCCCGGGAAGCGAGCCGACGCGCGACGCGGCCCCGGGAAGAGCCGACGCGCGAGCGACGAGGCCCGGGAGUGGAGCCGACGCGCGACGCGACGCGGCCGGGAAGCGACCCGACGCGCGAGCGACGCGGCCCGGGAAGCGAGCGACGCGCGACGCGACGCGGCCCGGGAAAGCCGAGCCGACGCGGCACGGGAAGGAGCCGACGCGCGAGCCGAACGAGCCGACCCGACGAAGCGGCCGAAAGCGCGCGACGGACGCGGCCGGGAAGCGAGCCGACGCGCGACGCACGCGGCCCGGGAAGCGAGCCGACCGCGAACGCGACCGGGCCCGGAAUCGACGCCGAACGCGACUACGCGGCCGGGAAGCGAGCGACGCGGACGCGAGCGGCCCGGGAAGCGAGCCGACGGCGACGCGACGGGCCUCGGAAGCGAGCCGACGCGCGACGCGACGCGCCCUGGGAAGCGAGCGACGCGCGACGCGGCCAGGAAGCGAGCCGACGCGGACGCGAGCGGCCCGGGAAGCGAGCCGACGCGCGACGCGACGCCCGGAAGAUGAGCCGACGCGCGACGCGAGCGCGGCCCGUGAAGCGAGCCACGCGCGACGCGACGCGCCCGGGAAGCAGCCGACGCGCGACGCGACGGGCCCGGGAACGAGCCGACCGCGACGCGACGCGUCCGGAGAAGGCGAGCCGAGGGCGCGACGCGGACCGGGAAGACGAGCCGACGCGGAGCGACGCGCCUCGGGAAGCGAGCCGACGCGCAGAUCGCAGCCCCUGGAAGUAGCCGACGCGCGACGCGACGCGGCCGGGAAGCGAGCCGACGCGCGACGCGCGCGGCCCGGGAAGCUAGCAGACUGCGCGACGCUACGCGGCCCCGGAAGCAGACGACGCGCGACCGACCGGCACGGAAGGAGCCGAUCGCGCACGCGACGCGUGCCGGGAAGCGAGCCGACGCGCGACGCGAACAGCCCGCGGAGCGAGCCGACUGCGCGCCCCGCGACGCGCCCGGGAAGCAGCCGACGCGCGACUCGACGCGCCCGGGCAGCGAGCCGACGCGCGACGACGAGGCCGGGAGCGAGCCGACGCGCGACGCGACCCGGCCCGGAACGAGCCGACGCGCGACGCGACGCCCGGGAAGAGAGCCACACGACGACGCGACGCUCCCGGAAGCGAGCGACGCGCGACGCGUCCUGAAGCAGCCGACGCGCACGCCCCGGACCGACGCGACGUACGCGGCCCGGAAUCGAGCCGACGCGCGACGCGACGGCCCGGUGAAGCGAGCCGACGCGCGACGCGGCCCCGGAAGGGCCGACGCGGGAGCGACGCGGCCGGAAGCGAGCCGACGCGCGACGCGACGCGGCCCGGGAAGCGAGCCGACGCGCGACGCGACGCGCCCGGGAAGCGAGCCGACGCGCGACGCGACGGGCCCGGGAAGGAGCCGACGCGCGACGCGCGCGGCCGGAAGCGAGCCGACGCGCGACGCGACGCGGCCCGGGAAGCGAGCCGACGCGCGACGCGCCCGGAGAGAGCGACGCGCGACGCGACGCGGCCGGGAGCGAGCGACGCGCGACGCGACGCGGCCCGGGAAGCGAGCCGACGCGCGACGCGACGCGGCCCGGGAAGCGAGCCGACGCGCGACGCGACGCGGCCCGGGAAGCGAGCCGACGCGAGCGACGCGGCCCGGGGAAGCGAGCCGACGCGCGACGCGACGCGGCCCGGGAAGCGAGCCGACGCGCGACGCGACGCGCCGGGAAGCGAGCCGACGCGCGAGCGACGCGGCCCGGGAAGCGAGCCGACGCGGACGCGACGCGGCCGGGAAGCGAGCCGACGCGCGACGCGACGCGGCCCGGGAAGCGAGCCGACGCGCGACGACGCGGCCCGGGAAGCGAGCCGACGCGCGACGCGACGCGGGCCCGGGAAGCGAGCGACGAGCGCGACGCGCCCGGGAAGCGAGCCGGACGCGCGACGCGACGGGCCGGGAAGCGAGCCGACGCGCGACGCGACGCGGCCCGGGAAGCGAGCCGACGCGCGACGCGACGCGGCCCGGGAAGCGAGCCGACGCGCGACGCGACGCGGCCCGGGAAGCGAGCCGACGCGGACGGACGGGCCCGGGAAGCAGAGCCGAGCGAGCGACGCGGGCCCGGGAAGCAGCGACGCGCGACAGACGGCCCGGGUAAGACGAGCCGACGCGCGACGAGACAGGCACCGGAAGCGAGCCGACGCUGCAGACGACGACUGGCUACGGGAGCGAGCCUACGCGCGACGAGACGGCCCGGGAAGCAACCAGUACGCGGACAAGUCACGCGCCAAGCACGACGCGGACGACCGGCCGGAAGAGAGCCGACCGCGACGCGACGCGGCCCGGGAAGCGAGCCGACGCGUACGCGACCGCCGGGAAGCGAGCCACGAACGCACCACGCGGCCCGGAAGCGAGCCGACGCGCGACGCAGCGACCGGGAAGCAGCGAGCGCACGACGCGGCCGGAAGCGAGGCGACGCGGAGCGAGCCGGCCCGGAAUGAGCCGAGCGCGACGGACGCGCCCGGGAAGCGAGCCGACGCGCGACGCGCCGACGCGGCCGGGAAGCGAGCCUAGACGGCACGCGACGGCCCGGAAGCGAGCCGACGCGCGACGCGACGCGGCCCGGGAAGCGAGCCGACGCGCGACGCGACGCGGCCCGUGGAAGCGAGGCCGACGCAGCACGCGACGCGGCCCGGGAAGCGAGCCGACGCGCGACGCGACGCGGCCGGAAGUCGGCCGACGCGCGACGACGGACGACGAGCCGACGCGGAAGCGAGGCCGGAACGAGCACGCGACGGCGCCGGCCGUAAGCGAGCCGACGCGCGACGGACGCGCCCGGGAAGCGAGCCGACGCGCGACGCGACGCGGCCCGGAAGCGAGCCGACGCGCGACGCGACGCGGCCCGGGAAGCGAGCCGACGCGCGACGCGACGCGGCCCGGAAGCGAGCCGACGCGCGACGGACGCCGGCCGGGAAAGCGAGCCGACGCGCGAGCGACGCGGCCACGGAAGCAGGCCGACGCGCGACGCGACGCGGCACGGAAGCGAGCCGACGCGAGCGACGCGGCCCGGGAAGCGAGCCGACGCGCGACGCGGCCCGGGAAGCGAGCCGACGCGCGACGCGACGCGGCCCGGGAAGCGAGCGACGCGCGACGCGAGCGGCCCGGGAAGCGAGCCGACGCGCGACGACGGGCCAGGGAAGCGAGCCGACCGCGAGCGACGCGCCGGGAACGAGCCGACGCGCGACGCGACGCGGCCCGGGAAGCGACCGAAGCGCGACGACGGCCCGGGAAGGAGCCGACGACGCGGACGCACGCGGCCCGGGAAGCGAGCCGACGCGCGACGCUACGCGUCCCGUGAAGCUAGCCGACUCCUCUACUCUACUCUUCCCUUUAAUCUAUCCUACUCUCUACUCUACUCUUCCCUUUAAUCUAUCCUACUCUCUACUCUACUCUUCCCUUUAAUCUAUCCUACUCUCUACUCUACUCUUCCCUUUAAUCUAUCCUACUCUCUACUCUACUAUCUUCAAUUCCCCUACUCACUCUCAGAAACUUAUCUGUGCCAUCCUAAACAUAGUUUUUUAAAAUCAGGGUAUUACACAAUCUGUGCUGAAAUCAACUCACUGCUGCUCUUUCUACUCCCUUAGGGCAUUGUGGGAAAUGUAGGCGGGCUCGGGGUCGAGGGGAGCGCCAGAGGCAGUACUGCCAGAAAGACUUCGGUAAGUCUGAACUUCUUGAAUACCUGGAGUUAGAGGUUCAAACACCCUUGUGUGCUUUAUGAACACAAUACCUUUCGAUUCACAUGACCCAAUUUGCAGCUGGUUUGGGUUUACAACAUUAGGGGUUAAUCAAAUCAAAUCAAAUCAAAUCAAAUCAAAUUUUAUUGGUCACAUGCGCCGAAUACAACAGGUGCAGACAUUACAGUGAAAUGCUUACUUACAGCCCUUAACCAACAGUGCAUUUAUUUUAAACAAAAAAAGUAAGAAUAAAACAACAACAAAAAAAGUGUUGAGAAAAAAAGAGCAGAAGUAAAAAUAAAGUGACAGUAGGGAGGCUAUAUAUACAAUAGAAUAAAGUGACAGUAGUUAGUGGCAGUAGUUAGUGACAGUAGUUAGUUAGUGGUUAGUGGUGUAAAUUGACAAAUCUCACUUUAAUUGUAAAAAAAAAAAAUGUAAUUCUGUAAAACUGAAAACCAGCCAUUUGAAGUCACAAAAUCACAGUAUGGAAAAACAAGCAUGGCACAACAAGUCUUAUUAUAAAACAUUGUAAAGGCUCAUACAUGCUUGUAAGUUAUAAGUUCUAAUAAAUUAUACCUGUUGGCUUUAAGUGUUACCGUAAUGUCUUUCAUCGGUUGUCAGUGUUCCGUGCCAAGGUCAUGAGCAAGCUGUACCGGGGCGAGGAGACGCGCUACGAUGUCCAGAUCAUCCACACCUACCGCAAUCGGUUCCGCCUGGAGCACCGCGAGUUCCUGUGGGUGCCUAACGUGUGUGACUGCCCCCCUCUGGAGGAAGGGCGCCAGUACGUUCUGAUGGUGCGCCGCCACAUUAACUACGAGCAGACGUUGAACCGGAUACUGAUGGAGGAGGACAGCUACGCUAUACCCUAUAAACCCAGAGAGGACACUCUGUUGCGCCCCCUGGAGGAUCUGUGUAGUAACAGAGGGCCCAGGCCACCUGCGGAACUGAGGGGCGGCUAUGCC